AUGGUGGAACUUGGUGUUCUCUCAGGUACGUUAAAAAUAAAUGUGACAAUAUAUCAGGUGAGUCGAAAUUGCCAUCCAAUAGACCACUUAUAAAUUUAACUCCAGCAGUGCGCCUACGCUCAGCUAGAAAGAUAGGGCGAAAUAAGUUGGCUACCGAGACAUUGAUAAUAAAACAUUAAUAAUAUAUAAAUAUUUAUCUAAGAUGAAUAUAUAAAGAUUAAAAUCAUAAACCGUGAUUAUGAUAAUCGUUGCACUAUGCCGUCAAAAAUAUCUUUGUCUGAUAUUUUAUUAACAUUUUCAAGAUAUCAACAGCAGUUACAGUCAAAUGAUUUGAAUAUAAUUUCAAUGGAUGAAGAAACAAAAAAUGUCAUCAAUAAAAUCGAAACAUCAAAAUCCAACUUACUAAUAGGUUGAUGGAUAAUGGCUUUAAAUAAUCAAUUAAUAACUGAUGAAGAUUGAUCAAUUAAAAUUAAAUGGAAAGUUAUUUGGUAUAAUUGCAAAUUGUUUCACUUUUGUAAAACGAAAAGGAUGUGCAUCUCUAACAUUUCCUUAGCGCAAGCUCUAAUGAAUGAUGUGUAAUAAAAUGAUUAAUAAAAUUUAAAACGAUCAAAAUUGCAUAGUUAAAUAACAUAGGUAAAUAACACAAUAAUAACAAUAAUAUUAUAAUAUCAAUAUUAAUUGUUAUUAGUUUAUGAGAUGGACUAAUAAAUUAGUAAACUCGUAUACACCUAUUCAGUAGGGUCGAACCUGUAUAUUAAGUGUCCCGGCUGCCCACCUAAUUUAAGGGGUAGGUAUAUCCCCUGGCAUUGGUAGUUAAGUAUAAAACAUUGUACAUUUUACAGUUAAUAUAAGGAACAGUAAACAUAAUAUUAAAAAUAACGCGAACUAGUCUAAUCCUUUACUGCUAUAGAGUUACUGUGUGAUUACAUUGGUAAAAGCAGAUAACUAUUUUUAACUAUAACUAUAAGUAUACCAAAAACUAUAUAGCUAAUUAACAGUUAUUUUACGAUAAAUAACCAAUAUUACCUAAUAAAUGUCUAAAUCUACAGCUACAGCUAGUUGUACGCAACCUAUACAGAGUGAAAACAUAUACACGAUAGUAUUUGGAUUAUUUAACUAUUCUUGAUUAUAUAGUUCUGUAGUAAUAGAAUAGGUUAUAUAAUUUUUUAGACAUGGUAAAAUUUAAAAAAAAUGCAAGCUUUUUUGAUCUAUUUAUAAACAUUUUAAUUUUGAUAGUUCUUAAAGUAAUUUUUAUGUAUUAUCUAUGUAUCUAUGUGGAUAAUAUUAUGUGGAUAUACUUAGACUAAACAGAAAUGCUUGAAAAUUGAACAGAAAGUUUAUUAUAAAUCGUUCUUUUUAGUAAAAAAAAAAAAUUGUGUUAUGUAGUAUUUUUUUUUUUAUUAUUUAAUAAGAGUUAAUUUCAAAUUUUGAUAAAAAUUGAAAAUAUUAUUCAUAACAUGUAUAAGUAAACAUUGCUCUGAAUCAUGUUUUGUUAGCAAUGAUUUAUUAUUAUGUACACAUAUAAAUUAAAUUCCCUUUUAUAUUCUGCAAUACAGUAGCCCACACGUCGUGCAUAUCCAUCUUUCUUUUUUACUUUUUGAAAAAAUAUGUACCUCUAAAUACCGAUAUUUACCGGUAUCAGAAACCUAAAUUUUGUAAUUUUUAAAAAAAAUCGGAAUCGAAACCGAAAAAAUUAUAAAGGUAUCAAGCACUGGUUUUGAUAAAUUUAAACUAAAUAAUAUAUUCUAUUAGUAUUCAUAGUAUUCAUUUCUAACUAAAAAAUAAAUUAUAUUUAUUCAUGUUUUUAUUAAAUUUUACUAUUUUAGCAUGAAUUUAAACUUAAAACCACUAAUAAAAAUAACUGAUGCAAUUUGUAUCCGCUUAAAACAAGAUAAAUAAAACUCGACAAUUUCAAAUACCUAUAAAUAAAUUCCUAAAUUCCAGAGUUUUCCCGAGUUUUCCUAAAAAUUAAAAGGAAAAUGAAAAAAUUAUUUCAUCAUUACACCAACAUCAAUUAAACAAAAUUUCCUGACAGAACCGCUCUUGAAGUUAAUGAUUGGUGCAAGAUUUCUGAUCGAAAACUUGUCAAGAAACGAAAAAAAAAACAGAACACAUUAUUGUAAAACUAUAAUACAUUCCACACUACGCUAAAAUUCAAUAUUCAAAUUCUAAUUCUAAAAUUCAUGCUGUUCUAAAUCAGCGACGAUUUUAAUGAUGAUACUGCACCCCUGUGCAAUUAGGACGACGACGGCUGCGGUGUGACGCGAUACGAGCGCUCCGGACAGUCGACCGCGGAUGACUUAGUACUAUUCGUCACGCGGACGAUUUUAUACUCAUUAUCAAUUUUAUCAGACAUGUUUAUGAGAUUUUGAAUAAUGGUUCACAUUAUUUAGUUAUUAUUACGUAGAUCGUGCUUACAUAGUAUUUUAUCAAUAACCAAAUAUAAUGAUCAUUCUUUUUACUCGGUUGUCGUAUUUCGCAGUAACCUAGCUAUAAACCAUAGUUACAACGAAAAUCGCCAAAACGACUUAUUUUUAUAAAAUACAAUUACCGAGUUACAUAUUUCGGUUAAUCGUCAAAAUUAGAAGCCUAAACGGGUCGUUUGUCAAUUCGUGUUGUAAAAUUGUAAUACUAUUUUUUCGUGAUUAACUGAUAUUCGGUGGUAUAUAGAUCAGUUUUUCUCAAUCCGAGAGGGUCGGGUCACCAACUAAUUAUUUAAGGUCGCCGUAUAUAAAAUAUAUUUAUUAACUAGGGUUCACUAAAAAAUUGAAUAUUCAUUUAGGAGGUCUAAACGUAUACCAAGACCGUGGAAAUAUACCUAUUAUAAUGUAUUGUAUUCAACUGAUGGCAGCUGGUCAUAAUUUAUAAUAGCGUUUGCCGUGCGAUUAGUUUUGAUAAUUCGGAUACAUCUUGUCAGUUAUUUCAUAUAUCUAGGCAUAUGCCUAGCUACGUACAUAAUAUUACUCACUACCCACCCGUAUUACAAUAGGUACCAUCGUCGCAAUAAUAAAACGCUAUAAUCCGGCAAAUUCGAAUUGUAAUCGCACGACGCCAUCAACCCCGCAUCGUAAUAAUUAUUAUUUACAUCCAAUUAUAAAAUUAACACUCGCGUAAGUAUUUAUGUACAUUUUAUACGUAAUAUUAUUUUUACAUAAUACGCGCGACGACGCGGUGACGUAGGUGUCGUCCGCGUGCGUGUACCUACUCGCGGCGUAUAAUAUGGGUAGGGUUUAACGUGUUUUGUACGCGGGUGCGGGUGGAAAUCGACGGUUUCCGAUUGGUCGGCCGGCGUUGGGGUACACGACGGAAAGCAUUCCCCCGGCGGCGACGGUCCGUGCGCUCAGGCCCGCGACCGGGCGCCUCGCCCGACCCGCCGGCCGCCGGACGAUCCACCCGGCCGCCCAGACCGUACCGAACGCGCGGAGUAUAAACGAGCGCCACAAGUUGAUCCGCAAUUCACAAGUAUUUUACCUACGGUCGUUGGAGCAACAGCCACCGCAGCCGAGUCGUCUUCUAGUACACAACUGGCCAUCGCACACCGUCGGUAAGUAACGUUCACAUCACACAAUUUAUUAUUAUUUAAAAACAAAUAUAUUAUAUUAAAUUAUGGGGGAAAAAAAAAAAAUUGUUUUAACACCAAACAUUAAUCGCAUAGUCGGCAACCAGAAAAAAAAAAAAUUCAAGAAAAACUUAAUUAUUUUCAAAAGUUCACUUACAAUUUUCCACACGAUGAUCGGCGUAGGAUUUUCUUUCGUUAUCAAUGACUCUUGCUGUAUGGGAUUCGUAUACGCGUGUACAGACAUUUUCGGGUAUCCCGCAAUACGUCGUUUGGUACGUUUUUUUCAAUCUAUUUAAAAUAAACAAUACUCGAUUAAUGUUUGCCAUAAUAUUUUUCUUUUUAAAGGUAACAUUUGUUCUUUAAUUUAUACGCAGGUGCAGUUCAAUGUAUUACUCGUUAUUUGUAUUAUUAAUAACUAUAAUAUCCAUCCAGGUGUCGAUCGUUUUAUUGUAACUGAACAAAAUUGAAUUGAUUAAAAUCUAAUAUUCAACCAAAUUAACCGACUCCCUAAUUUUGGUUGAUUUUAUUUUUUUUUAAUACAUUUUUUUCAUAGGUUACGCGAUGUUUUUUUUUUGUCUUUUAGGGUUAAAGGUUAAUGUCAAUGAAGUAUAUAUUGGUUUUUAUCCACAUUAUACACCGAAAAUAAAUUACAAUAAAAAAUAAUAUUUUAGUCAACUUCGCGUGUGUAUUAUAUGCGCAAAUAUUGUACAAAACAUGUAGGGUAUAAGUACUAUAUUAUAAUAAUAAUAUUCUAGUCAUCACAUACGAUGAUAAAAACUAUACAACAUCGUUAGAGCUGAAUUAUUAUUAUUAUUACUAUCAUUAAUCAUACAAUUGAUUCAAGACGUAUUAUCAGCUAUUGUGUUCGCAAAAAAAAGUGAACUUUUUCUAAGGAAUACACUACACUCAGCCGAUAAAUGUAUAGUUGUCGAUCCGCAAUAUUGUAAAAUCUAGAAAACUAUGAAAAAAAGUUGUACACUUUUUGUUAAAACGAACAUAUCUACAUCUAUAAUAUAGGUUCAUUACAGAAAAUUAAAAUUCCUACAUUGUAAUUUUUUUCUUUUUUUAUUUAUUUUCACCACGAUUAAAACGCGAAUAUUUCGUCCCGUAUUCGCGGCAAUAUAAUAUAAUUACUAAUUUCAUUAAUUUAUGUACUGAGUGUUACACAACACGAAAAUCUGAUAUCUGAAUAACUUUUGUUCUGUUCAAUAUUUUUAAGUUUUUUUUCUUGUGAUAAUUACUAGUACCUUGCGCUAGGACUUAGAAAUUUAAUUUUUUUUAGAAAAUCUAAAAUAGCUAUUUUAUAAGUACACAUUAUCAAACAAAAUUUUACAAAUAUUUACUAAUGAUGAAUCAUUAAGUUUCUACAAUUUUUUAAAAUGUAAACAAAUUAAAGUUAUUUUUCAUGGAUAAAUGGAAUGAAUCGUCUGAUAUUAUUCAGUAAUAUUUCAUAAAAAAAUUUAAAUUAUCAUUAACUUCAAACUAAUUAUAGACAUUUAAUGAUUUGUCAUUUUGUAAAUAUUUUCAUCACCAAAGUUUUGUUUCAGAGUAUAUUUACAAAACAGUUAUCUUAGAUUUUUUAAAAAUAAUUUCUUCAUAUUUAGUCUUAAAAAUGUAUAAAACAGAAAAAUCAUAGCAUGAGAAUCAUAUCAACGAGAAGAACCUUAAAACUAUUGAAUAGAAUAAAAGUUAUUUCAGAUGUAAUAUCUUCGUGUUACUGCCUAUAAAACGCGAUAUCUCUUAUAUUCCAAACGAUACGCCAAAUACGAGAUCUACUCGUAUAGGUACCUAUAUAUUAAUAUUGUUGUAGUAUUAUACCAGAACAUAAUAUUAUACCUUCUAUAAUAUAUUAUUAUUAAUUAUUUAUUAACAUCCAAAAGGGAUAAAUAGUUUUUCUAAAAGGUACUACAGCAUAGAAUAUAUAGUUAGUAGUACUUAUGUACAAUAUAUGAAUUAAUUAUAUUAUAUAUAGCUAAAAAGGUUCGGUUAACCUUUUGCAACGACUAUAAGUAUAAACACGAAUUAAUAGGCGCGUUAUUAAUAAAGGUGUAGAAUAUACCACGACGUUAAAAAAUAUUAAAACCUCGAUUCGUAAUUAUUAAUUUGCACUACGCCUGCAGGAGAAUAAUAUUUACGUACGAACGCGGGGCGUUUAUAGUAUUCGAUUAUAAUAUUAUUAAAUUCCAAAAACGAUAAUACUGAAUUUUUUCUAUUUUUUUUUUUUCUGUUUGUUUGUGGCAAUAUGUUUAAUCAAGGGGAACUGUACAAUUAUUGUUAUUCGUGGCAAUAAUUAUUAUUCUAUUAUACAGGGAGCAAUCAAAAUCGGUAACCGUUGGACAAAUUAAAUUUUAUACCUACACACAGCUUACAGAGACGUAUAACCUAACCCAACGAUACGAUCCGAGCGAAUGAAUAAUAAUAAUAAUAAUAUAUAAUAACAAAACGUUAUAACGUUUAUGUGUAUUCGAAAUAAUAUUAAUACCUCACUCGUAAAGUUCACCUCGACCAUUCUCUCUCCCCCCCUCCCAAAUAAAUGUUAUAUGUGGAUCCCGUAAAUACAUACAAAUUAUUAUGUUAAUCAAUCUUAUAUAGGUAUCGAAAAAUAAUAAUAACGCGUUCUAUAGUCCCGGCGGAUCUGGUAUAGUAUCCGAUAAAAAGUUUUAUACUUGGAAUAAUAAUAAUAACACUAUAAUGUUAUAUUAUUCGGGUCUCCGCGCAUAUAAAAUGCAGUUUAUAUAAUAUAAUAUGUUACACGCCGAAAAAACGUAUACAUAAUAUUAUAUAUACACUAAUACACAUAUAAGGAGGAAACAGUAAAGAGAAAAACAAAAAUAAAAUAUACGGUUUACAAUAAUUCCAUUUGAAAUUAAUAUCGGUUAUUUUUAUUAGAAAAAAAAAUAGGUAAUAUAAUAUGUUCGGGGGUUAUAGGAACAAUUGUAUAUGAUAUUCAAUUUAUAUACGGUCUCGCCAAUAGAAACUGACGGAGAAACGUUUCGACGCGAAAAAAAUAUAUAAUAUAUUAAUUUAAAAAGCGACAUUUUUGACGGAAAAUAAAAAACUAUCCAAUACUCUAUCGAACUGUUUUUUGUACAAUACUCGGCGUUAACGGAGCUUAUAUAUACUCUGGGAUAUAGAAAAAAAAAUACGGUUGAUAUGAGUACUUAUAUAAAAAUGUUCUGUCAAAAAUCUAAUACAUCUAAAAAUAAAUCUCAUAUUUUCGACCGUUUUCGCGAUUAAACCGUGUAUAAUACGGACAUUUUCAGCGAUAUAAUAUACCUACAAGUUCUGUAGAACGAUUAAUUAUUAACGAUCAGAAUCCGACCGGUUUUUGACACUAUAAAAUAUGUACGUAGUUAUAUACCUAACAAGCAGAACUUUCGAUUUAUUGAAAACCAACCGCGAAAGUUUAUGUUAAAAACAUUAAUAAUUAACAAUAGCGAUUUUUUAUGUAUAGAAACGGAAAAUAUUAUUGGUACAUAGCUGAUAUAUUCGGCGACUCGAGUUUAAAAAUUCUUUAAAGUUACACAAACACAUACAAUAAAAUAUUUUCGUUAUUACGAACAAAUCUCGUGUUUCGAUCACGCACUAAUUUUUAACUAUGUUUAUUAUUUAACAUUAUAUAUAUAUACAGGUAUUUAAUACAUUUUCAACAAAUAUUUUAAUUUCUUUGAAAAUUGACUCCGGGAUCGUAAUUAACAUUAUAUAUAGUAUAGUUAGUUUAAUUUAUUUGAAGAGGCAGUAUAAGUAUUUUACUUAUUAAAAAAGUUAGGUACGACGAACUUAAUUAAAUAAAUAUCAUGCAUUUGUAUUUAAUAAACAUUUUUAUUAAGUACCUAUAUGUUCGGGGAGUCGUUUUUGGGUUUUAAAUGUAGUCAUUUAAAUUUUGCGUUGAAAUAAAAAAAAAAAAUACUUUCUUUACAUUAUGCAAUACAUACAUUAUUUUACUAUAAUCCUCUUACAUUUAUGAGUCUUCGGAAUAUUGUUGUCAGCGGUGCUAUCCAGGUAAUGGAUAAUAGAUACAAAUAUAAUAUAUACGUGUGUGUGUUGUAUUAUCGUCGUGCUAUUGAUGUGAAAUAAUUAUACGAUUUGUCAAACAUCACUCUAUAUGAUGAUGAGAUUGUAAAGUACGUACGUAUAGAACGGGAAAUGCACACGAAUCCUAAUUAUUAUUAUUAACGUUUGGUUGAAUAUUCGUCCAUAAUGCGCAAUAUAAUGUAUAUAUACACAAAUAAUAUAUAUCUAUAAAAUAUAUUUGUCAGAUUACCUUCUGACAAAGGUAACCCAAUUCUAUCGGCCAAAGUUGUACGAUUUCAAAUAAUUAAUUACUAAUAUAAUAUUUAAAAUGAGUAUGCUUUUUGGAUUCUGAGCGAAGCAAGGAACGCGUUGGUUUUACCAUAUGAUGUACCAUGGAUUUUUUUUUUUUUCAUUCGUGUGUCUAUCAAUAACUUUUCCACCAGAAAUCUCGCCCCAAUCAAAAAUAGUGUAUAGGAACUUUAUUGUAACAUUUUUGAUCUAGAUGGUAAAUUAAAGAGGUCAUUUUUUGUUUUCCUUGUAGUUUUCUUAAAAAUUUGGUCGACCAUUAUUGAUGAUUUCUGGUAGCUUUGAUAACAAGGGGAAAAUUAAAAAAUAUAACUAAUAAUACUCUGUUCAGAAUCAUUUUUCGUUAGCCAAUGUCAUAUAGUUAUACGUAAAAAUAUAAAUUUAAUUACUCUGCAUAUCUUUCCUCUCAACUUCCCUCCUAAAACAGAGGCGACACACCCAUCAGCAGUAUCAACUUUUUUUUCUUUUUUCCAGUUGCAAUUCAAAACUCAGAGGUGAUAUAAUGUGCGUACUUACAUUCAAAAAUGUAUAUAUAACGUGUAUUAUAUGAUGCGCACAAUUAAAACGGGUAUGUUUGACCGAUAUAUUAUACAAGAGAUUCUGUAAAUUAGGUACAUGAAGUACAUAUUUCUCGUUCAUAAACAUUUCCCAGUCCUAUUACUUAUCCAAAUUUAUUAUAUAGACAAGUCGGAUGAAUCAGCGCUGCAACAGGUGUACACCAUCGUUCAUUAUUUUCGCCUCGGGUUUAAUUGGUACAGUGCAUUAUAUUAUUAUUACUAUAUCGUUUUCAAAAACAAAUGGUCGGCCAUGAAUCAUAAUAUAAUGAUAGUACACUGGUCGUAUAACGAACGCACCUUUACUGCUAUAGACGCAUUUUUUAGGUUUUAGUGAACGAAAGUAACCGCGAUUUAGUUGUAUAUGGACCUCAUUACUACAUUGAAUAAUUACAAUAAAUAUAUGUGGUUUUUUAUUUUUUAGAAAUCGGUCAUUUUAUUUAAUUUCUCGCCGACAAAACAGGAAAAAUUAAUUUUCAUAAAAAAAACUUGUUCGGAAACAAAACAAACGUACCUUUCCGAAGAAAUAAAAAAUAAAGGUACAUUUUUUGCAUUAUUAUCUUCCAGCUAUGUUAUAACAUAACUUUUCAUCAGAUAACGAAAUUCAAUUUGAAAAUUUCACCGUUCAUUGAAAACGUGUAAAUAUUAUUAAACGGGGUGUAAAAAACAAAUCAGCGAACAUAACACUACAUAGCAGUGAUGCAUAAUAUUUAAUUUAAAGUUAUAGACGCAGCGAUCAUGUGAUUAAUAAAUGCGUUUUUAUUACACACAAUACGUUUCGAUACGCAUAAUUUGUUCAAUUUCGCACUCGUUAUUCUCCUUUAUAUAUUAAAUAUAAUAAUAUAUUAGUAAAUGCCGCCAAUACUAUACACGAUUUUAAUACCAUCAUACGCGCGGCAGGAAAUUCUUGCGACAAAGUUGAAUUUUAAAGGAUUUCCUUCCCACGAUGCGUAACGUAUAUACCGCAACGUACCGACCCAGACGACUUUCCCGCAUUGUUUUCUCCGGGGCAUUUUGUUUGAACAAGAGAAAAAGAAACUUUUAUUAUUUCACGUUUAUAUAUAUAUAUAUAUAUAUAUAAAUGAUAUCCGACCGACGCGAUACAUUUAACCCGGAACAAAAGGUCGCCGAAAAUAAUAAUAAUAAUAAUAAUAUCUCGUUGAUUUAUACGGACGAGUUACAAUCUCGCAGCGGAUUAAGGAGUACACGUACCCAAAGGUAUAUAGGCAAUUUUUCCAAGCGUUAUCGCGAGAAAUAAAUUCGAACCAGAAUAACUGUUUCUCGGCCAACGACGGCUGGUGCGAUGUAUAAUAUGCCUAUACGUGAUACCUAUACUUGUCCUGCUAUAUAAUAUACAUAAUAUCUAAAAACGAUUUCCGAAACGGAUUUUUGACGUAAUAAUCUCGGAAAUUUUAUCGUAUAUAGAACGAUUUGCAUAUAUUUUAUUUUUCGGUGCGCCUUUGUUUAAUAAAACGAGUGAACGCUCCGUGAACACGGUCAUUAUAACGAAACUUUUAAUAAUUCGAAAUAUAGGUACUCGUAAUAAUAACGAUGAUGAUAAUGAUAAUAACGAAACAAAGAGCUCUUCCGGUAUGACGACCGUGGUAAUAUAUUUACUGUAACAUCAAAAAUUAAAAUGUACAUUCAAACAAAUAAUAAUUAUUUACAUAAAAAUUAAACCGAAAAUUAUUAUAAGUCCCUGCCCCGGAGCGUGAUGGCAUUGUAAAACAUUUUGUUAAAACUAAAUAGUACAUAUAAUAAACGGGCUUUCAAAGAAAAGACGUCUUACGGUGCGUGGCGGAAAAUCGUUUCUAUAAACGGUACCUAUAUACAGUUUACAGUCUCAAAACUAUUCGUCUGUAAUAUAAUUUAUAUAUUCGUAUUAAACAUUAAACGAUUCAUUAAGUUUUAUAUAAUAUAGUAAGUCCUCGCGUUGGAAUUUGAUUUGUUUAUUUAAUUUUAUUUUUAAUUUGUCGACAUUUCAAGAAAACCGACUAUUAUCUGUAUGUGCCUUAUUAAAAGAUGUUCCUCAUCUAGUUUUCAAUCCGUUGAAUUGAUUAUUUAUAAUAAUUAAAAUGAUUAUUUGAAAUAGAUAAUUUAAUAAAUAACAUUAUCAAUUCCAUUGCCUUCCGUCGCCUCACACCCCAGCCAUAUCUGUUGGUUGUUCAUCAGAAAAAAAGAAGAAAGACUUAGAAAGACUUCAAAUUUUCGAAAAAUAUCGAAAUAAAUCGGAUUUAUAAUUUGAUUGGUCGUCAAGUCUAAUUGAGGAACACACGAUGUACAGAAAGGUCAAUCUAGCGUAAGACACUCGUUAUCUCGAAAAGGAAUAACUUUUUUUUCGUAGUUUGUUUUAUAGAAAAUUAAAGAAAUAAGCAGCUCUGUCUUUUUGCAUUACUGUUAUUUUUUGUCACCCUUAUUUUUGGGGGUAAAACCACUGUCUAUUUUUGAUUUUCAAAUGACAACCUAUAAUAAAAAUUCCAUGUAUAGAUGGAGUAUAAGUUGAAAUACAUUUUUAUGACGAAAUUUUUUAUUUUCUAUUACUACGUGUGCGCACAUUAUGCAUUGUUAUAAAAUUCGAUCUAUAUACACGACUCGUCACAAUUAAUAAUAUACAGCCGAUCUUAAAAUAAUUUCAAUUUGUCAUUUUACCGCGGUUGUAAAUUGCAGCUACGCGCCGAGUUUAUGCGGUGGCGGUGGAAAUCCGUUGUAUUUUACACGGUUACGGUUUAAUUACUGAAUUACUGCAGGACGUACAUGUAAUCAACGGUGGACACGAUCGUGACUCGAGUGUUUGAUUGCUGGACUAAACGCUAAAACCCGGGGAUUAAAAAGAAAAAAAAAUACAACUCGAACGUGCCACGACUAAAAACUAAAAUAUCUAGUUUACGACGUAAAUGUAUAUGGAAAUAAAUCUCCGAGUUGUUAAUAAAAUUUUUGACGAAAAAAAAAACAAAAACAAAUCAACGUCUUACUAUAAUAUAACCCAUUGUCGUAGCCGGUUGUUUUAUUUUUUUAUUUCUCAUUCCGGACUACCUUUUGAGGUGCCACGAUUUUCAUUAUAUAAAAUGCCCUUUAUAACACCGUGGAGGUAGGGGCGAAUAUGUUAAAAUGCAAUCAUAAUAAAUAUAAUAUUCUAAACACUCAAUUUAACGGGGCUCUCCGUUAUAAAAUUAAUGCAAUUCGGUCACAUCGUCGUCGUUGUCGUCGUCAAUCCCUUGACGUUUAUAACAACGACGUUUAGUAAGAUUAAGUUUUACGCUAUAUAUAUAUCAUUUCGUGAUAAACUUAUGGUUUUUAAUUAACUGAAUCGUUAACCGUCACGACAACUUUAGCUCCUUCACAUAAACAUUACGAAAUAGUGUGAGUGAUUAAUUUGUUAUGUUAAUACGACAACAAAGUUUAAAUUAUCAUUAUCGUUAUAAUAUGAACAUCACAUAUUAAUCACGAGACUCUUCGUUGACGUGUUUAAAUACCUAUACAGACACGGAUAAAUAAUUAUGAUACUGUAACUAAGUGUCUAAUAAACACCGAAAAUCGGAUAAAUCUUUCAAAAUUCGGCGUUAUCGACUGAAAUUCCAUCGUAUCCAAUGUUUACUUUAUCGAUUUUCCUGUUUAAUAGUUCGGAUCAGUUCUUAUUUGUCACGAUUAAAUUUAUAUAAGCCAUGGUUUUUGAAGAUGGAAGAUUAAAGAAACAGUUCUAGAGGAAAAGAGGAUGACCGGUAACCCCCCCCCCUUGGAAAAUUCUCACCAUUCUUUCACAACUCGACAUACAUUUUGAAAAUCAAAACCAUAAUAAUUAUUUAAUUAUUAUUACAAUAUUAUUAAUCCGUUAAAACUGUAAUAAUAAAACAAUUUUAUUACAUUUAACAUUGAUUUAUAUAGGUGUACAUAAUUUGUUUUAAAGACAUUCGGAGAAGAAUCAAACCUCCAUACAUGCCCCUGAUCUAACGCAAUCUAUAAAUAUGUUAAUAUCCAAAAACCUUCCAACUAAUUCACAGUUAAGUUGAAUUUUGAAAGGCAAGAUAAUAAUCGAUAUUAAGUAUAAUAAUUUAAUAUAUAUACCGAACGUAUAAUAAUGUAGGUAUAGUAAACCUAUAUAUAUAUAUAUUCAAAAACUUAUCGAGACAUAAUAUUAUUACCAUCCUGUUUUAUAAAGAUACUAUACGAAUAAUAUUCCAUGACAAUAAACCACAAAACAUAUUGCAUCAAGUGUGCAAGUAAACAUUUGUACCUAACCCUAUAAAGGGGUGGUCGUGUUUCAUAAAAAUAAUAUUAAAAUAUUCGUAUAUUGUGCAGCAAACUGAAUUUUGGUACAUGCAGAUUUGCUUAAUUUAAUACUGGUCUUACGCAUAAAAUAUUUACUCGAUUCAAAUUAUAUUAUGCGUUUGAUUUAAAUAGUUGUCGUUUACGUGACUUUAUAAAAAUAAGGUUACAUAUAAGGUAGGUUCUCUAAUUAAUUUAAAAUAAGCAUAAACAAACGCAUUAAUAUGCGUACAGAGUUUCUAGUCGAACAGAAUAUUACCUUUUGCCUUCAAAAAUUCAACUAAACGAUGAAACUGCAGUUGGAUAACCAAAUUAUUUAAAAUGAAUUAGAUAAUGAACACUAAUCAUAUUAUAUCAUGGUUGAAACAUUAUCAAACAUGAUAGACACCUUAUCAAUGGUAUGCAUUUAAAUCACGACAAAUAAGAACUGAUAAAAAUAUCAAUUAGAAAAUUGGUAUAAUAAACGUUACAGAUCCUCGGACAAUUUUUUUAAAACAAAAAAUAAAUGAGUUGGUAACAAAAUUAUUAUUUUUUUUUUUUUUUUAGUUUUUAAUCAUCUUAAUCAAUUAGAUAGGUUGGUAGCAGAAAAAAAAAUGUCGGAAGUGAUAAUUUCUUUUACAUUGAAUCAGUGUUCAGUUUAAAACGAGCAAAGCAUUUUUUUAUUUUUUCUUUCCCCCAAGAGGAAUAAAAAUUAUUAAAUACGUACCUAUAAUAUACCUACGUACAUAACGACUCCUACCCGCUCGCAAAACAUAAACUAAUUUAUUGCUAAAUUAAUAUUCGCAAUUAACGUAAACUCGAACGCAUCUGUCUGGGUCGGUAAUAGAAAACACCUUUUAUUAAAUUCACUCAACAACUCAACAACGUUAAUUUGAACGGUUCUUGUCUUUCAAAUAUAAUAAUUAUAAUAAUAAUAAUAAUAUAUAAAUGCAAAUUAAUGUCGACCGUCGUAGUGGAGUGGGUAUAUGUUAUAUAGUGUAAAGAUUUCAGACAAUUUUUAUCGAAAAAGUUUUCGUCAACUUUGCGGAUUAAUCCGAAACCUGUGUGCGGCAUUAUGUUUUUGUUUUCCGCAAUCUAAUCACGAAAACUUUGACGUUUCUAUAAUAAUCAAUACACGUAUUUUCCGCUAGUUAAGAAAACAUAUUGCCUUAGGACUAAAACGAGACAAGACAUAAAUUCGUUGACAAAAUAAAUAUAAAUUUAUUAGGCUAACAAUAAUAAUAUGUAUAAAAGAUAUAUGAGCAUUUGCAGCGUCUAUACGAACAUCAUAGAAAAUAAUGGACUUAAAUGGAAAAGUUUUUUCAAACAUUUAAAUUUUCUCUGAUACUAUAUGUACCUAUAUAGUAUAAAUAUAUAGUGUCUAACAUAAAUUUUCAUUUAUAUAUGUAUAUUAAAAAGACUAUAAAUUAUUUUGAACCACGACGAAUUCGUCGUGAUGAUUAAACAUUUGUAAAAAAAAUCAUCUGAACUUUUAAACCGACAUUAUUCUACUGAAAUCUUAAUAAAAAAAAUCGGUAGAUGUUUUUUUAUGACAGUUCUUUAUAAGUGGUACGCGUAAUUUCCAUUACAGAGACGGUUAGCAUUUUUACUUUAUAAAAUAAUAUUAUCAACUCAUAAUUUAUAUUAAAACCUGUACCUAGAGGCUACAAUAAGAGAUGUUUUAUUUUUAGGCAUAUACAGUGCAAGAUCUAGUUCGCCCAGGGGUAGUUAAAAUGCAGCACUCUUAUGAAUUUUAAAAGUAAUGUAAAUUAAUUUUGGUGUGAUCAUUUCCAAACAAUAAAUUAAAAUAUCGGACAGAAGUUUCACGGCGUCCUCGACCUUUGUGUUUUUAAAAUUACAAAAAAUAUUUAUUUUGAUUUCAUAAUUUUUGUAAAUAAAAACUAGUCAAAACAAACAAUACAUCCAAUCUCGGAAGAAAUUUCGAAGCACACCGCAAUGGGCAAGAAGCGAUGUUGACAAACAAAGCGGUUAACAAAAUAAACGUAAUGAGUUAGUUAAUACUAACAUAGAAUCAAACAUACGGUCAAUGAAAAAAUGGUGAACGUGAUUCGCAAACCCGCGAACCAGUUGGCUCGAUGCAGUCUGAAUAGCGAAUAUAAUUAAAUGGUUCUUUUUUUUAACGAAUAAUUUAUUAAAUCAUUAUAUAGGUACAUAAAGCAAGAAUAAACCAUUACAAAUUAAAAACGUAGAAAUCAAAAAAACAAAACGAGUCCAAAAAAAAUAUAUGAUUUAUGCGUGUUAUAAACUUUAUCCCAAAGUCUAUAAUACUUUAUUAACGUUUAUUAAAUUUUUCAGAAAAAAUGGCAUCUAGAAAACUGUUUCAAAUAAAUUACCUUCCACUGUACGGAAAAACUUGUAUAUCUUUUAAGAUAUUAUGGUGUGAAAUUUUUGAAGCAUUUUUUACUAACCGAAAAAUUUGUCCUAAGAAAAAGGUCUUAAACUAUAAAUAUAGCUUUAUCGCUCCAUGAGCAGAAUCUAAAAUCUUUAUUUUUAUCAUACGAUUUUUAUUCCUAUAUUACUAUCUAAGCACGUGGGAAAUAAAUUAAGUAUACAUUAUAAUAAAAUAUCAAGAAAUACUUUACAUAAAAAUGAUUAAUUACAUAAUUAGUAGAUACGUGCAAAUAUAUAAGUUUUGGUUACCCAUUAAAAAUGUCAAAAAUAUUUUUUAGUGCGAAUAUUGUUCAAAGAAAUUAAAAAGUUUAGACUAGGAAUCUCUGGGAAACAAAUUCGACGUGAAUAUCUAUUUCAAUGAAUAGAAAUGCAAUAUUUUAAUACGCGCACUUUCGGAUGAAUUAUUCAUCUGUAUAAUAUAUCUGUUACGCUGCAUAGUAUAUAGUUUAUGACUAUGGGUCUAUCUAUACAUUUAAUUUAAAUAUGGCAAGUUCGGAAUAAUAAAUUGUAAUGUUAAAACUCAUCGUGACUAAGUAUACUAUAAUAAAUUGUAAUUACAAACUAUAACAGAUGCGUUAUCAUAAUAUAAUGAUAUGCAUUGAAAUAAAAUCAAAAUUUCAUUACAGUUUAUAAAGAAAUCAACUUUAUUAUAUUUUAAUAAUCCCGCUAAAUAGUAGAAAAAAUUAUUGUUUUCGUUCAAAAAUAAUAACGAAAAAACUCGUCUAGGUAUAAAAACAACUAAACCAGUACAGAUAUUUAUUUACGUUCAAAAUGAUUGACCUUACACGAAUUACACGAUGGAAUUCUUGUAUAAAUUUUCAUAUCGAAAUAAAUCUAAAUGUCUAAAUUACAAGUAUAUACAAAGUGUCCCACCGAAAUUUGACAAAUGCAAUAACUUUUUUUUUAUUCGUUAUUUAUAACUGCAUAAGUUUUUUUUUCGUAGUUAUUAUUAGAGUUUUGUGAGUUAUAAUUUUUGGGUUUUAUUUUUGUACACAUUUUAGGUAUUUUUUCAUAAAUUUUCUGUCCAAACAUCAAGUCCACAUAUAUAUUUUUAACUGGAUCAAAAGACAACAAAACAAAAUAUUGAAAACAUAAUACAUUUCGUACAUUUUCCAAUUUUUUCUAAGUGUUUCCCAUGUUUUUCUCAAUUUUUCAUUUAUUAUGAAAACAGCUCAAAAAAUCAAAAAACGACUUCCCUAAAGUACCACCCCAGUCAAAUUUCCUUUCAGAAAAAGUUGCUAUACUUGAUACUUCGAAACAUGAUUUCUGGUAGAAUUUGUGUACACAUGCAGUAUAAAAAAAUUAAUUAAAAUAAACAUAAUUGUAAAACCAACUUCUAAAAUAUUUAACGAAAUAAAAGUCAUAUUUUUCAGAUCUCCAUGUAACUCCGUGCAUUUUUUAUAAUAUGUACAUACAUUUUAAAUUUCGUAUGAUGGAAAAAAUCGACACAAUAUCUGCAACAACUAGAGCAUCACAUACAUAAUUAUUCAAUAUUUUGUAAAUUAUCGGGUAUAUAAACGUAUUAAAAGCGCAUAUUUCCGCUUUUAUAAGUAGGUAGAAAGGUAGAUAGGUACCCACGCGAGUCGCAUGCAAAUAUUAGGUAAAUAAAUGGACGAGGCAACUAUACAAUUUUUAAUGAAAUUAUUGUCCGGAAAGCAAAUUCUCUACGUUGGCCGCAAGUUAAUAGACUGUGUGUAUAUUAUGAAUAUUCAAAAUAACAUUGCCGACCCGACUCAUGGUAUACUUACACUGCAGGCAAAAUAAUGGAGGCCCAGGGAAAGAGUAACAUUAAUAUUCGUCAAUGGUGAUGGUGAUGGUAAUAGUUUCAGCGGUGGUCGAAAUGCUCUAUUAUACAAAUACUCGUAAAUCCUCAUAAAUACUCGAAUUAUGCGAAAAUAACGAAAUACUACACCGAGAUAUAUAUAUAUACUAUACAUGUGCUAUAUCGAAACCAUAGCUAACCGGGCCCGUCAAUCGUUAACAGUACUUGAAUUGGAAAUACAAGUCUCAUAGACAUGGAGUCUAUGUAGUAGGAGUACGCUACAUUUUCUGGAAAAAUUAUAGGGAUACUUGAUAGUAAAAUUAUAAAGCCAUUAUUUAUAAUUUAUUUAUUUAUAUAUUAUAAGCUAUUUCUUAUUAUGAGAACAUAACAAAAUCAUUACUUGAGUACAUAUUUAUAUAAAAAAACGUGUACAUAUUUUUCAAUUACGAAAAAAACGCAUAACGUCUGUCUCUCACUAUAUUGAUUUCAAUAAACUCGUAUCUAUAUAUUAUGUAAUAAACUAUAGAUUUAUAUCUGUCAUUUCAGCCUCACCGUAUACUUUUAUAUUGUUAUAACAUGGACUGGGGAUGUAAUAUCCUAUAAAAAUCCGUUUUAUAAAGAAUGCUUACAUGCCUUACGAGUUCUAAAUAACUCAUUAAAAUUUAUGUAUUUAUAAUAAUUUUAGUAUAAACGAUAUUCGUAUAUACAAGUACCUACUUGAUAGUUUUUUACCUAUAUAUAACUAAUUUAAACGUGUACAAAUCUUAAUAUACAAAUAAAAGAUCAAGAUUCGCAUUCAUAAACACCAAAAAUUACCCAAAUAUCAUAAAAUUCUGUAAAAAAAAUGUACAAAAAACGACUAUAAAAUCAAAAAAUACAAAACAAAGUUUCUCAUUCUCAUUAAAACAUACGUGAAACGAAUUUGUAAAAAUACAAACCAUGCACAGCAAGCUUUGGACAACAAUGCAAAACGCAUCAAAGUCCCAGCCAUAGUGAUAACCGUUGAAUCUGUUCUUUUACGAUUAAUAACCGAGAUGACCAAGACCGUGAUUGUUAAUAAUAUUACAAACAUUAUAUAAUGAUAAAUGUAGUUAAUACAAUAGAUGAUUAUGACCACAAGUCUCCAAUUAAAUGAUGGUGGAAUGAAACUUCACGUCUCAUCACCGCAUUAGCAAUUUAGUUUAUUAUUAUAUCUGUGACGAUAUACUACGAUUACUAUACAAGACAUUAUUGCCGGUCAAUAUUCUAUUAAAUAACGACUGCAGUAAACCUCGCCGCUCCAAGACGGAAACCGAAUUUCCGCAGAAAACGGAGUCAUCAAAACGUAUUUAUUUUCGACGUAGUCUCUAGAGAUUUUUCACUAAACGACACGCGCAAUUUACGUAUAUGUGUAUAUAUAUAUACGCAAAAACGUUAUUAUAUCUAAUAAUAUACCUAGUAUACGCGUUUUAUUCGAUUUCGGGCGUGCUUACGCGGUUUACUUUUCAAAAAUGUAAAUUCAAAAACGGUUUGUUUUUUACAACUAAAGUUCAACCGGAGCAACCAUUUUUAGACGUCCUUAUCAUAAAUGUAUACUCGCACUUGUUCUCUAUCGUUUUUGCGCAUUAUUAUUUUUGCGACGGCUAUACACAUAAUGCUCAUGAAUACACAAUUUUUUUUAUUUUUUUUACUAUAAACGUAUACAUGUAUAAUUUGGAAGUUUAGAUAACAGUAUUCGUUGUGUUUUUUAUUCCAUUUUGAAUAUUAAUACGAACUGUGUGGCCACUACGGACUACAAAAAAAAAAAAAAAUUAAAAUAAACUAAUUUGUAUCCUAUAUACACUAUAGGUACAGCGAGGAAUAAAACGUGACGGAUUUUUUAAUUCAUUUUUUCGUCACCCCAGUAUGUUUUAAUCCCAUUACAAGCCAACGUUUAUACGUAAUUAAUAAAUUUUUGAUCGCGCGUUUGUCGUUUUUCGAAUUAAAACAUAAAAGGCCUUUUAUAGCGAAAAACCACCAAUUAUUGUUGCAUUUUUACCGAGUAUUGAACAACAAUAUCAUAUAAUAGGACACGUACCAAUAUCUAAUAAAUAAUUGUAUUUGUAUUUCCGUUCGCAUUCCUGGAAACGUACGUAUUUUACAUCUAAAAAUCGUAAACACAAUGAUUUAUAUAAUUUUUUUAUAAUAUUUAUACAAUUUAUAUAUAUUUUUUUUAUUUUAAAUAACGAUUACCGUCCAAAAACAAUAGAUCCUAUACUUGAAUAUAACUACUGUACAUAAUUUAAUAUUGAAAAAUAACCUGCCACCGACGAAUCUGCGGGCACACCGUGUCAGUGUUCCGUAUUCGAUGAAAAUCAAUUUCGUAUCAUCAAAACGAAUAAUUGCAUUUUAUUUCGUACUAUAAGUUUUUUUACGGGGACACGGAACAAAACCUCAUCGUGGUAAUAUAUUGAAUUUACUGAAAUUAUUAUCAUAAUUAUUUAACGCAACGAUGUGAUGAGUAAAGACAAUUUGUUAAAAUAUUUAUUUAUUCAAAUUUAUAUUAGGUAUCUACGCGCAGUAUUAUAGGUGCAGAGGCUUAAUUUAUAAAUCUAUGAUCGUUUGUCAUAUCGUUAAAAAUGUAAUAUUUAUUAUUCCUGUGUAGAUUCGAAAAAAAACAAAACAAUGGUUCCUCUGUGCAAUACUGAAAUCUAAUUUUUUUUUUUCAAUUCCACAUUAUAUACACAGAAUAAUAAAUAAUAAUACAACAAGUACACAGUAAUGUAAUAUAGUGCUGCAGCUGUAAGUUUGCAUGAUAUAAUUAUAUUUUUUCUUCAUUUCUAACAAAACGUCUAAUAAAUUUUGUCUCUACUAUAGCUGCAGCCCUUUUUAUAAGUAUUUAUUUAUUUACAUUGUUGCAGACCGAAUUCGUGCCACGUAUUAUUGUUAUUUUUAUUUUUACGAGUUUUGAAUCCAAUUUCAUCCGUCCGACGCUCGUCGAAAAAAGCAUGAUGAUGGGCAAGUAUCUCUAUAUUAAAAAAAAAAAACAUUUUUCCAACAAACUCGCGCAUGUAACAACAACCUACAAUUUGAAUAAUACAUAAAAUAAAACAAACGGAUUUCGUUAUAAACGUAUGGUCUUUAUAAAUGUGCGCGUUUGAUCUUUAUAAUAAUCUAUUAUCGUUUACUCUACGAGUGUCUUAUAUUUUAUUGGCUGAAUAAAGUAAUAUUUAAAAACUUCCAGAGACAAUGAAGAUUCUAGAACUGUAUUUUAAAAUUCAAAGGACUAGAUUAAACUCCAGACUCGACAAAAUUAAAUAAAAAUAAUAAUUUAUACAUUCUGUUUCACGCCACAGCAUUACCGAUUGCAUUGUUUUUAAUUUUUGCUAACUAUGUGUUAUCUACCAGAAAUAUGGCGCCAAUCAAAUAAGACAAAAGAUCGAUUUCGUUCCUUUUAAUAUAUAACCAUUGACAAAGAAAACUAUUUUAUUUAAUAUCCAAAGUACUUAGUGUUUAUAAUAAUUUGGAAAAACCAAAAAGACAAAAAAUACAAUUAUUUUUUUUUCAAAUUACGACGCAAUGAUUUCAAUAUUCAAAAUGUUUUAAGAUUAUUUUUUUUACCGUUUCAAAAAUACCAUAUUUUCUGAAAUAAAAUGUUAUCUUAUUUGUGAAAAAGUAAAUCGUUGUUUGAUUUUCAAUAUAGUUUUCCUUAUAUAAUUACGAAAAACCGCGAAACACGUAGGAAAUACGGAAAAGUGUACCACAUUUGGGUUUUUUGUUGCUAUUCGGUUAAAAAUUAUUAUAGAUAUCUUUAGUUUUCAGAAAAUACUUUAUUAGCUUUUUGUAAAUGUGGUAAGAUGUUCAAAAAAUUCAAGCUUAUUUUAGACUAUUAUAGGUAUUUUCAUGUUUUUAUAUAUGCUUUUUUAUUUAGUAGGUAUCUAUAUUAAUUAUUAAAAUAUGUGACAUAAGAUAAAUACUUGACAAUUUAACAUAAGGUAAAUUAUAAUUUUUACUUGCUAAUCUAAAAACCAAAUUUGAGCUUAAUGCCUUAGUUAUUUUUUCAUAAACGUUUUAAGAUCAAAUUUUAAAGAAAACCAUGACAUUUUAAAAUGGCUUACUGAAUUUUAAUCCUAAUCAUUUUUGUUAGCAAAUUGUUUAUCAUUACUUACAGGUAUAAAUCAAAUAAAUGUAUGUAAUCUGCCUUCCCGAUUUCCCACCUAAAACAGUGGCGCACUCGCCCCCAGUAUCAACUCUUUUUAAAUUUUAAAAAAUGUAUGCAAAUUUGAAAAAGAAUUAAAGUAAUUUAUUACCUUUUUUUAACAAUAUAAAUUAAUUUUGAUUAUAUAUUAUUAUAGUUACCAUAUUAUAUAAUAUGUUGUUAUAUUAUACACGUUGGCGACAAAACUUUUAUUUCGUUUUUAUUAUUUUUUUUUUUUUUUGGCAUUAUUUCAAAUAUAGAAAUAAUUAAAUAUAAUACAAAAUUAUUAAAAAAAAAAAAUUUACCACAGUUAAAACCGUUAAGUGUAAACCUUUUUUUAAAAAAAUAACAUAUUUUACACAAAUAAUACCUAUAAUAAGUUUCUAUUAUAAAGGGAUUUAAAGUUGUUAGUUAUAUUAUUUUUAUUUUUAAGAAUUAAUAAACUAGUCAAUAGUUUUUGGUUUUAUCAACUAGAAUUAGUUGGACUAUUUAAAAUUAUAAAAAUCGAGUAAGGGGUAUUAUAAUUUUACAAUUAUUAAAAACAACUUUAAACUUAAGUCAACCACUUCGAUAGUGGAAUGUCAUAUAAUUAAAAUUCGGUGUGUGUUCUUCGGUUUCAUAAGUAUUUCAAAAAAGUUAAUAGCAGAAAGACGACACUUUAUAAGCACGAGUUUAAAUUAAAAUUAAUUUUUAAAUUAAACACACAUUUUAAGACUAGCCCUGCUCUACCACUUUCGACUUUCUCAUAUAGUGGUACCUACUCCUAAAAUAUAUUAUAUAAGUUAUACCUAUAUAUUAUAAGUACGUGUAAAAUAUUAAUUAAAAAUAUCCAGACAAGAUAAAUACAUUAAAAUGUAUGCAACUAAUUUUAUAAAUCAAUUAUUUUUUUAUUGGUCAAAAUAUUAAUCUAUAUAUAUAUAUAUAUAAAAUUGUCAUUAAUUUUAAAAUAUAGAUGUACUUUAUAACAAAUUAAUACCAACAGUAAAAUCAGAAAUAUCAUUGAAAUGUCUAAUUAAUUAAAUAUGCCUUCAGCAAUAACCUCAAUACGAAUAUAUUAGACAUUCGCAAUGAACAAGUCAAAACUGAUAUGGGCAAAACAAUUAGAACACACAGAAAAAAAGAUUAAUUAAUAAUCUAACGACGACGAACAGCAGUUAUAUAUGAAUAUAGUAUAUAAAAUGUAUACAAUGAAUAAAUGCCAUUUUGAUACAUUAAAAGUAUAACUAUAUAACUUUUCACGUUGUAUAGAAGAUUGUAACUAUACAAUUAUAUAGUCGUUUUAGAUACAGUAAAAAUCGUUUAGCAAAUCAAUUUGAAAUAAUAAUUUAAUGGCUUUGGUCAUACAAAAAAACGUACCAUAUCCGGUUAAACUAUUAAUAAAUACACAGAAAUUAUAAAUGGCACCUUGUAAAAUUGUAUGUAGGUGUAGGUAUGUAACUCGCCCGUUAAAUCACAAACUGGGGCACAACUCGCCUCUACUUAAAUCAGAAUAAAACAGUGUCGUUCAAUACUCUUAAUAAGAAACUAAGUGGUCUAAAUCUCUUCACAAAGUCUGCAGUAUUGAUUACCUAUACUCGGAAAUGAACUCUAAAAGCAUCUAUAUUUUGAAACGUGGAAAAUAAUAGGAAAUGGGGCCUGAAAGGUAUCACCGGACUAAAGUGUAAUUAAACUGCAGUUUCAACGACCGAGUUACUUAAGUUGGUCGACUACAAAUUAAUAUUAAAUGACUAGGUAUACAAAAGUUACAGCCAGUUCUUGUAUUCAUUAUUAUUUGUUUAGUGAACCGAAAACCUUAUAAAUUUAUAUUUUUUAUUAAAAAUCGACAUUUUUCAUAAUAUAUUAUAGUUGAUGAAUAGUCCUAUUGAAAACUACAUGAAAAACAAAAAACGUUUAUAAAAAAUAAAUCUUAUGGAAUUAAUUUUUAACAAAGAGAUUCAUGUUCAUGAUUUACACAAUUCGUUUUAUAAUAUACAAUUUAAUUAACUAAAUCAAGAAAUUAUGAUGUAAUCUUAACAUUUAUAAUCCGAGUGAAACAUUAUUAAAAUAUUUGAUGUAUAAAAAAAAAAUAUAACUUUAAUUUUAUAGUGCUACAUAUUAAGUAGAAUAUUAUAACACUAUAUUAUUUUUUGUAUUUAUUUAAAUUAAAAUAUUACGUAAUAAUUUGUGUACAAAAAUGUAUAUUAUAAAUAUAGUAUGAAUUCACGAAUUAUAUUACCCCGAGAAUUUAUUUUUCAAAUAAAUGUAUACAUUUCAUCAGUAACUAAGUAUAGUAAUAUUAUAACAUCAAGUCGUAAUAAUUUAAUUUAGAAUUGUCCACAGCGUAUAAUACAUAUAUUCUUAUCAUAUAUACUAAGGUAUGUAUAAAUUAUAAAUAUAUCAUCAUUGAAAAGAUCUAAAAAUGUUCAAUAAUAAAUGUCCUGAACAUUUAAACUUUUGUUUGUUUUUCUAAGGAAAAAGUUGUCUACACGAUUUCCUGAAGUUUAGUAUUCGCUGCAGUAUUUUCAUAAACCUGAUGGAUUUGUCAAAACAUUUAUGUGCUGGUUCAUUUUUUUGUUUCACAUGGAUUUAGAAACUUUUGAAUUAUUUAUCAUGGUUAUUUAUUAUUGCAUCAAAAAGUUAAAAAGUGCCGACAAAAAUAUUUAGAUAGAGUGGUGAUCACUCGUUUCUCCACGCAAGGCAGUAAAUAAUUUCUUUUUUUAAAUUUGAAUGUUAUGAUAAAUCGUUAAAUGCGAAAACCGGUGGUUUUAAGUUUACCACCAAAUAAUAGGUUAGUAUUAAAAAUAACUGAAUUUUUUUUUUUCAAAAAUAAUAAAAAUCAUAAAAAGGGUACGAGUUUUAAUAAAAAUAUAAAUAUUUAAUCAACAUUCACGGAAUCUAGAAUUGUAUAAUAUAUAUUUCAGUGGAAAUAAUUAUGCUAAAAUCAUAAGACGGAAUAUUAUUCAAUAAAUAACGAAUUCAACAAAAAUUUUCAGUUCGUUUGUGAAACUAUAUAACAACUUUGAUAACUGUAAUAAUAAUCAUUAUGUUUAUUAUAUCAUUAAAACUACUAUAAUCGGAAAUUUAUAUUCCGUAAGAAAAUCUCAAGGCCUUUUCGUGCAACUUAUAAAAGGUAAUUCCGAAAUUAUUAAUAUUUGACCAACAAAACGAUAAACUACCCAAAAAUAUUAGUAAUUUAUUUUUUCAGUUUGUUUACAUAAAAGGUGAAUUAUUGUUUGUCAUAUAUAGCAACAAGAAAAUGUUUCCAAAAUAUAUAAUUUAAAAUUUCUUUUAGAAAAUCAUAAUAAAAUAUGUUGUGAAAAUGCGCAGUGGCAAAAUAUCGUCAACCGUAUAUUGUCAAAACGUUUUUAAAUUACUUAAUAAUCAAAAUAAAUAUAUAUAUAUAUAUUCUGUCAUAGCUUCUGGUCGGAAAUAUUAUACAGCCAUUCCAUAUAGGGGAAAAAUUUAAACCCCGGGGCAACACUUACCAUUUCUGCCCCUUAAAAAGCCUUAUCUUAUCAGAUGGCCGCUCCAAUAAUAACUACAAAAAUAAUAAUUGAAAACGAAAUUUGGGGAGAUGUUAAUUCAAAAAGUUCCUUGUAAGUUACUUCAAUAAUUGUAAUACCUAUGGCAUGCUAAAAGUAUAGAAUUGAGUCAAAACAAUUUUCGAUCCUUUGUAUUUUCGUUAAAUUUAAAUAACCUAUACAUCUCAUCAAUAUUGUACUGUAUAUUGUAUCAUAUAUUAAAGUGUACUAAUAAUAUUGUGACAAUAUUUUAAAAUUGUCUGACAAUCAUGAACCAUGGACGAAUAUUUUAAAUAUAUUAAAAUGCCCGUUAUAUAUACCUGUAUACAUGUAUAUGUGUGUAUAAAUAAGUCCACACUUGAAAGGUUUAAUAGAUAGGUACUUAUAAGCAAUACUAAUAUAUACGAGUGAUACAUGUGGUAAAUAAAUAUUUAAAAAAAAUUAUUUUCUUUUUUUUUAUAUUAAAAAGGUGAAACCAAUUAUUCCAGUCACAGCUAUACAAAAUCCAAUUUAUAUAUAACGACCAAAAUAUCGAUGCGCGUGCAAUAUAAAUAAUCCAAGAAAAGCACAAUAUUAAUAACUAUAUAUGGUACUAAUAUUGCGUCUCAAUAUGAAAAGUUUUACCGAGAUAAUGAAAAAUAUCAUGAUAGCUUCGUUGUUAUACGUGGGCAUAUAUAUAUAUUAACAGAACGCCUUAACUAGUCCGCCUAUGUAGGGUUAGGUACCUAACCUAUAAUAUAAAAUUCUUAUACAUUGUUUCUUUUUCUCAGCGGACGAUAUCGAUCAAUGACAAUCGAGAUAAAUCCCCCGGGGAUUAAAACGGGCGUGUAAUGAAUUUUUUUUUUUAAGGAAAAAAAACAACAAAACUUACCCUCCAUAAACAAAUAUUACCGUUCGGAACAUUGAAGUCACGAAUAUAUACCAUAGGUUGCUGAUGUGUUUUGUUUACAUCCCAUAUCCGAGAAAAACAAAAACAAUUUUGGUUUGGCAGAGACAAAAUAUAUCUUAUCAGUAAAAAGCUCUAUAUCAAUUCAGGCAUCGUGCAAUGUCCGCAACCGGAAGUUUGGCAGUUUUUGUUUUUUUCCUAAUGGUUUUCUUAGUACCUACCCACUGUUUGUCAAACUCCUGUACCGAGAGUUCAGGUUUUUUUUUGAUAUCCACCACCUAUCUUUUUAUAUUAUUUACACACAAUUAGGCUUAUAGUUAAUUCAACUGCGUUCUUUAUGACACGAUCAAAAAAAUUAAAUUUUUUAUGAUAUUAUAAUAUAAUAUACAGCGGUUUAUUAGGACAUAUCCAGUAAAAUCAUAUUAUAAUAUUACUAAUUACUAUAGUAUUCUAACUAGUAAUUUAUUUAUUUUGAACUUUGAAUUCGGUGUUUAAAUGUCAUCACUAUUAAAUUGUUUGGUUCAUUUUUAUAAAAAAAAAUAAAAUUAUAUAAAUGAAUCGAUUGAUUUAAAUUGAUUAUUUUUACGAAGUAAACAUUUGUUAUGAUAAAUAAUGAAAUGACCAUCGUUGAGUAUAAAUAAACACAAAUUUACCUUAAACUUCUCGACUGAAAUAGUGUAUAUAAUUAAACGAAUUAAGUUCAAGUAUAAGCAGUGGACAAUUAUUGUAGCCGUUUAUUUAGGUUGAAGUAUACUGAGUUUAAGAGUAUACUCUUACACUGUAGGGUACUGUUUUAAUAACCUUCUUCAAUAAAAUAAUCGUUAACUGAAAUGACUUUAUAAGUAAUAUAAUGAUCGUAAAUUCAAAUAUAAUUUGAUAAUCAGAUAUAAAUACUGCGAUUAUUUUAAACUUACUAUAUUAAAAUAUUUCAACAGUCUUCGUCGAACCGAAUUCUCAGCAAACUAAUAUACAGAUAUUACUAUAAUUUUAUAGGUACACAUCUCAAGCUGUUUUGUUUUAUUAUUUACUGAAAAAUAUCUUACAAUAAGCUAAUUAUCAUAUUAAUCGAGUGUGAAACAAUAUUAUGUAAUUAUAAUUUAAGCGGGAAAAGUAAAUAUUCAUAAUCAUUACAAAAUCAGAAAAUUACAAGGUAAGUAAAGCUGUAAAUUAAAUAGAUACUAAUAUAAUACCUACCUAAUUAUCUUCAGAAUUUAUAAUACAAUAGUAUCAGUUUAUGAAUUUGUAACCGUAAAAUUAUAAGCUACCCAAUACCCACAUCACAAUGUUAUAUUAUAGAUAUCUAAGUCAAUUUUUAUUUUUUUUUACCUAAAAUAAGUAAAAUUGGAAUAUUGUAGGUUUAUAUACUUAUAUUCAACGACUUUUUCUACACAAGUAUAUCGUAUUACCUACAAUAAUAGUAAAUAAAUUUCACUAUAUUUUUCGAUAUCGUUAUAACAGUAAAAUAUAUAAUAUUGUAUACCUAUACCGGAUUUUAUGGGAUUAUUUACACAGAUUUGUUAUCAUAUUAUACAUGUAUCAAUAUCUCGAUCACGUAAACUUUUGUUUCAUUUGUAACACCGUAAUUCCCCUAUACAAUAAAUAUGACUAAGAAUGUGAUUCCCUAAUAUAUGAAAUCCUAAAAAAUUCUUACAUUCCCUAAACAUUUUAAAUGAUUCACUAAAACUGUUUUUUUUUCUUAUCUUAUAAUUUUGGUAUAAAUGACAUUUGAAUAUAAAUUCUAAUAAAAAGUUUCAUAAAAGGAACUGAACAUCUUCGACUUGGAUUUCUUAAUCUGAUAAAAAAUCAUAUUAAACGGUAUCGUCAGAUGUCGGGUAUUAUAAUUUCGUUGAUCUAACAGAUUAUUAAACAGGGAAUCCAGUGAUUUUAAAUACGCAUAAAUAACCUUUUUAUUUUUUGAGGGACUACAAUGACUAAAUAAUAAAUAUAUAAUAUAGGUAUGUAAAAGGAUAAAUAAAUAUAUUAAUUAUUAGCUAUUAUAUGAAGACUUAAUUUGAGAGGAAUUUCACCCCAAUUUAUAUCCUAUCUUUUCCAAUAUGUAUGGAGAAUAAAUGAGUCAUAAAAUCAUAAAACAUAAUGACAUGAAUCAUGUUUGUGGGCUUGCGACCCAAAACUAGCCUGACACCAGCACAUAACUGGCCUGAUAAGAGUCUGCUGAUGACAAAAAAAGGGGGGAAUGACUCUCCUGCCCCCCCCCCAAAUUGUAUAGGUGUUUAAAACUUUCAAAAUAGCUUCAUUGGGUGGCUCAGUUUCAACCCCCCCCCCUCAAUCUCAAACCUUAUUUGCGCCUAUGCAAACAUAACUAAUUGUAGAAAAACAGAAUACAGUAAUCGGCAUGAGAGACAAUAUGAAUUCCGUUUUGAGUUAGUAAAAUAUCCGCUUCGUUCGAUUAUUUCAGUGUAUCAUUAUCAUUUAAUCGAAUACUAUUAUUAUGAAUAAUUGAACUAGACAAAAAGACCUAAAAUAAUAUAGUAACGUUAUAACGUCAAAAUUCAAAUAUUGUAAAAAUCUCUUGUUAAACUGAUAACCACUGCAGUUGAUGCUAUAAACAAUAAAAAAAAACAAAUAUAUCUGUGUAUUAUACCCACUAAAUAUAUUGGUUUGGUACCUUCUGCCUGUUAUAAUAUAAUUAUUUACAAUUUAAACUAUUCGUAUUAUAAUACCAGCUAUAUAUUGCAACGAGUUUAAUCUAAAAAUUAUGUAAAAUAUUUGUGUUCGCCAAUAGGAUAAAUCAUAUUUCAUACCUAUCGGUCAAACUACAAUGAUAAAAAAAAAAACAAAACAAAACAAAUAUACAUACAACCUUACGGUUUUCAAUAAAUAUUUCACAUACCUAAAUAUUCUAUAUCUAUUAUAGUAAAUUUCCAUAUUAAACAAAUCGACAUUUUUGUUUUAGAUUUUGUACAUAUUGUGUUAGCGAAGUAAAGAGAAUAAAAAAAUAUUUUUCCUUUGUAAAUAGAAUAUAGGACAUUAAAUGAAUUGUAUAUUUUGACAAAAUAUUGCUGAACUGAAUAUUAUAAAUUUAAAACUAUAGAACUAUUUGUGAAUAAUCAAUAUACGACACAGUUUUAAAUAAGACGGACUUAUUUCACACUGGUGGGCCACUGUUGUAGAUGAGAAAUUGGGAGGUUAAGAUAUAGAGGGGAAUUUAAUUUAUAUCUGUGCGCAACGAUAUUUAACGAAAAACGAUUCGGAGUGAACUUCGAUUAUACGUGUUUUGAAUGGUCGUAAUAUGUAUAAUUUUUUUUCAACAUAUUUUGAUAUUAAAAUUCUUAUAAAAAAAAAUAUUACAUUAAACACAAUUUUUUUUUUUUUUUGACAUUUCUGAUAUGACUUAUAAUAAAUUUCCUUUUAAAUUAUGAUGCAUUUCUGUUUAGUCUAACCACUUUAUUCACAGAGUACCUACCAAAUAAAAAUUACGUAAAAAACUCGCACAAUUGAAAUGGCUAUAAAUAACUCAAAAAUGGCACAAAUGAUUUUAAAAUCUUAUCACAUUUAGAAAAGACAAAUAUAAAUUUUUGUCCAAAUUUCAGGUCUCUACGGAUAUUUUUAACUAAAUUAAAAAUUGUUUUCGUAAAUUUUCCAGUUUUUUCGUUUUUCUCAAUUAUUAUAAAAACACUUGAAAAAGUCAAAAAUGUCCUCCUUCAAGUAUAAAGUAGAUAAAAUCUGAUUUUCAUUCAGAAAAGGUGCUACACUUGAUACAUUGGAGCAAGAUUUCUAGUAAAAAAGUUCCAAAUAUAUGGAAUCUAUAUGUUCCGAACCUAUAAGCGAACUACAUUCCGAAUCUAAAAUUAUCAAAUCAAAAUGUACAUAAUAGUUAGAGUACCAUCAAUAGUUUCUCGUUAUGUCAUCUGCUGUCACUUCCUAUUUUUUUUGUAUUUUUCCCGAAGCAACAAGUUUCCGAAAGCAUAAACUGCUAAAAUGUUAUAUUUUUUUUUAAAGUAAUUAGUGAUAUUUUGUUUUUUAUUUAAACAAAUAGAGUAACGAAAUUAAUGAUUUUUUUUUCUUAUUUAGUAUUUUUUUUUUUUUUUUUGUACGUGCGUUGAAAUGAUGUUAAUUAAUAUAGGUAUUAUACGGGAUGUACGCGGAACUCGAGGAUAUAAUAAAGUGAUGGCCAACAACAAUUCGUGUUGUAUUAAGUAUAACAACAAAAAAAAAUCAAAAUUUCCUACCGUCUAAGAAUUUGCAAUUAAGCGUAGCGAAGAAGGAUAGGUAUAGCAUUAAUUACAUAGUUAAACACAAGUGCAAUAAUAUUACGGACACACUACGAUCAAUAGCAAGCGCGCGAGACUUAGAAUAAAUGUGUACACCUACAUAGGUAUAUAACCUUAGGAAGAGAAAAAAAACGAAUUUAUAGCCGACACUUUAAUUAUUAUUAUUAUUGUUAUUAUACUCCGGGACGAUAAUAAUAUUAAAACAAUACAUAUAUAUAUAUAUAUAAAUAUUUAAAGACAAGAAAAAACUGAUUGUAGAAAUAAUCUCGGUAACGACCGGGAUCAGGAAAAUUCGGCGGGGUAUGAGGGGAACCGUAUUUUUUCAGUAGGUAUAAAAUAUGAUUUCAUCGUUACCGUGUAAAUUAUUGUCGACCAAAUUUAUCGUUAUUUAAUUUAUCGUUUGACACAAUGACGGAUCCAAGGGGGGGGGGUGCAAUAAGGGGGUGAUCGGGAGUUCACUCUUCAAUAUACUCUUAGCUGCAUUAUACUCUUAGCUUAAUUCGUCAUAGAGCUCGUCCGUAUAUAAGUGCUUGCCUUAUAUGCAUUUUCAAAAUCGCCCCCCCUACCCCCGCACCCGUUAUAUUGUCCUGGAUUCGCCUCUGGUUCGACACGCGCAUGAUAAUCGCAAGGAAAAUACGAUCAGGUCUAUAAUAAGGGAAUCGUUGUGAAAGUCUAAUAUAUAUAUACGAGAAAUAAUAAUAAUAAUGCGCACGUUCAAUGAUUUGUGUUAGCCAACGAUUGACACUUGGGCGAAAUAACGCAAUAUUAUGUUAUAUAUAAUACACGGAGCUAAUACAAAACACGCGGUUAUAAAGUUCAAGCGAUUAUAAAGUGUUGACGCGCGCACAGACAUGCACAACGGUACAAAAGCUGCAGCGCUCGAAACCGGAUUUAUGAGCGCUUUGGAAAUUAUUCGUUUUACAUUAUUAGAAACUUUGAACGGGAGGCGAAACUCAAUGUUAGCUUAGUUAAUGAAUUACGUGACGUACGCGGUGUACAAUGACGUGACUUACUAAUUUUCCAGGUUUAUUUACCGCGUGCGGUAUAUUUACCUUCGAAUGCGUAUAACGCCCGGGUGUCAGCUAUUUUGAAUUUCUGUAUGUAUACGUAUAUAAGGGCGGAUCGAAAAAAAAUUGUACUUUUUUUUUAAUUUUUUUCUCGAGGCCGUUUCUUUUCAUUUUAUUCGCACGCGGCCGCGAAAAAUACCGUCGAAUCUUAUUUCACGAGAACAAAAAAUUCUCGAGCAACGGUUUUAUAUUAUGCGAAUAAUAUUUUACUUUAUUUUUAUUUUUUUUAUUUUUUCACAGUUUGUUGCUGAGGAAAAAACGGCAUAAAAUUAAACCAUCAGAAUGCAAGGAAUAAAUAAUGUCUUAUAGUUGAUAAGAUGAAAAUCGUUAUUGACAAAGUUAUUAGCCACGAAACGCAUGAAAACCAUUGUUUCAAGGGUAAUUUCAAGUGAUGAUUUAUCAUCGCAUUAUGUAAAUGUUUACGUUUCGCGGUUAAUAACUCUGUCAAUAUUGAUUUUGUAAUGAUCAACUAUAGGACCUUGUGUAAUUCUUAUUAAUUUAUGUACGCAUUUUAAAAUAAAAUACUAUAAUUAACUAAUUCACCUGAAAUCGCUGCUCACGAACUGGACAUUUUUUUUUUCGUGAACGAUGGUGUUGUUACACCUGUACAAAUAAAAUAUAAAAAUACGCUGGCAAAAUUUUUUUGGUCCACCCUAAUAUACAUACAAUGGAUUCUGCUUAAUGUGAUCACCGUUUAAUGUGCACAGCCGUCUAAUGUGGGCAUAAAGGUCUGAUUCCGAUUCCAAUUUAUAUAAGGUUAAAAAACACCGCUUAAUUUGGGCGAUUCGCAUUACGUAUUUGUUUUACUAUUUAUUUAUGGUACACCCGUCACAAUUAAGAUUACACCAUUAAUUGUAUCGAUAAUAUUUUAUGUACGAAGAGUAAUAACGUUUGGCCAUAUAAACGAUGAACAAACAACAACAGCGACAAUUGUAUCAAUCUCAAAAAGAUCUUUCCUCGAGUGGAAAAAUCUCAAUUUUGUUAAAACGCUCCCGCCAGGUACUUCAGAACGUCAAAUCGCUGAACAAUUGUGUUCCGAAAUCAACGAUAACAAAAUUUUUCAAAGAAGGAAAUAUUUCAUGUGAAACAUCAAUUCAAACCAAACAUACGGUCAAAAACAUAUUUCCUUUAACAAUUAUUAUAUAAAUAAGUAUAAUAUAUAUUUGUCAAUUUUUCCCCGAAAAUAAAGAUUAAUGCACUGUAUUGUGUCUAUAAUACUCGUAGAGUGAAUAGUGAAAUCACAAUCCACUUUUGAUUUUCAAAUACCAACCUAUAUUAAAAAUGUCAUAAAUAGAUGAAAUUUUAGUUUAAACGCAUUAAAUACAUCUUGUUUCUUAAGUUUUUAAAAAAAAAAAUUCCAAAAAAUGUUAAUACUUUCCAAGUAAAUGAGUAUCUUAUCCGAGGGCUAAUCACCUUGCAGAUAUUUUUCCCACUACCCUUGAAUAUUUCUAGUGGCUCCUUGUGGGCAAAAUUAACUCAAACUAAGAAACUAGAGUUGUUUAUAGACGGAUUGAAAUGAUUAAAGUUGGAUUGAAUUUCUAUAUAAACUUAACCAUGUUGUUACGGAUGGUAAAUGUUUGUUUGGCUUUGUAAUACACACUACGACAUCGCCCGUAAUCGAAACCGGCGACGGGAGCCGACUCGACAGCUGAUAAUGAGUGACGUCGUAAUAUAUAGUAUAUUAGAAAUUCCAAAUUUUGCCUUUCCAAGUUUUAAGUUUCCAAUUUUAACCAAGGAAAUUCGAUUCAAGUGUCGGAGCUUGUUGGUUUUGUAUAUAUUUGAUCGGAAUACGAACAAACAAUAUAACAUAAUGUAGUUUUCCUUUUUCUUUUUUUUUUCUUUUUAUUGGUCCCUUUAUUAUAUAGAUAGUAUUUAAGUAAUAUAUUUACUAAAUUUGCAUGUAUAAAGGUGUUUCGGUAACAGAUAAUAUAAUAUGCACCUAAUAUUAUUUCACGGUUUUCGUGUGAUGUUUAACAACAUAAUAUGAUAAGCCGACAAUAAAUACUGGAUUUAAGUACCUAUACGCAAACAUUUAACCCGCCGUUAUAGCUCAUUUACAUAUUAAAUAUUAUACGUUUCUCCUGCCUAGUUACCUACGCGAUAUAAUGUGAUUUUGUGUUUACGGCCGCGGCAUUUUCAAUUAAAAUAAAUGAUAACACAUCGUUUAAAAACACGUUGACAAAAAAUAAUAAUUUAUUCUCCCGUGAAAGUGCAGCGAAAAAACAACGAAAUUGAAGCGAUUUACAAUAAAAAGAUUUAUAAUUCCGUAUAAAAUAAUGUCAGUUUUUGAGUUAGGACUUUUGCUUCUAAAACGAUUUAUACUUCGCCUAAACAAUUGCAAAUUUCGAAUUUAGAGAACUGAAAAUCAAGCCACGAUAUUAUAAGUUACAAUAUUAUUAUUAUUAAUUUGUUUUUUCUUUUAUAGAAACAAAUAAUAAUCAUACGUUUCGAUUUUAUAUUUUUUGAAAUUAUGUCACAUAUACUUAAUUAUUAUUCUAGUUUUAUUUCAUAGUUCAGCUCGGAUAUUUGGCUCGGAAUUAACUUCGAUAGUAAAUAUGGGAUUUUAAAUGGCGGAUAUGAAAUAAUUACUAAUCAUCGGAGAUGCUAUUAUUAUUUCUUACCCGACCAGUGUUAUAGUGAAUUUUAUUUUAUUCACACCAACCCGGAUCAUUAAUAAUAUUACGUGAUGUUAAUGAUGUCGCUUAGAAAAAAAAUAUAUUAAAAAUAAAAAGCACUCAAAAAAGUCAUCAAAACUCAAAAUUAGGAUUAAAUAUUUACCUAACGAACGGGGAUUUUUUUAAUUAUAAUUUUAUAAUUUAAGCUUAUACUCGAAUUAUAAAGACGUAGGUGUAUAUUAUAUAUAUAAAUGUAGAUAUAUAAAUUAAUAAAAUAUUUUAAUCAAAGUUUCGAAACGAAUUUAAAAUGCUAAUUAAAAAAAAAAAUUAAAAAAAUUAAAAUAGUAAAAGUGACGAGAAUUUUUAAAUUGUGUUGAAAUACCUUGAACCAUAUGUGUGCACGUAUAAUAUGAACCCUAUCAUAUAUGAUUCACAUAAUACCCUCCGAUUAACAAAUUAUUCGUUCAAAGUUCAAUCAUAAGUUUCACGAGUAGGUAGGUAUCAGUUGAUAUUUCGGUUUAUACAAUUUUUUUUUUUUUACCGUUUUAAUUAAAUAACAUUUUGAAUUACCGUCGGUCUACAAACAUCCCGAGUCCUACUUUGUAUAUUACAGAAAUUUAUACACACUGGUGUUUUCGAUUAUUUUUUUUUUUUUUUUUAGCGAUGUACUUACCACAUCGCACGUGUGCCUACGCAACAUAAAAUCGAUUGUGUUGCGCAGUCACACAACGCAAUAUUAUUAUUGUAACUAUUGUUUGAAAAUUUCACGAUUUAUACAACAUUAACGUUUAUACGUUUGCGUUUAUUACGGGGGCUGGGGCGGCAGGGGGGGGGACGAGAAUUUCACAACUCGAAUGACCGUAUUAUAGGGAGAUCCCCCGCAUAAACGCCUCGCCGACACAUAUACGCGCGCAAUCCCGAUUCGAACCCGAUACGGAAUAUUAAUUAGAACACGGUCGGCGCGCGUAUUAUGCACACUGAUCCCUCUAUACGUUCCACAAAGGGGUCCUUUAAUAUUUACAACGUUAUUAUUACCGCCGUACAAAACCGACCGAACUUUUGUUUUUCGGCACAUCGUAGAUAGGUUGACGGAGCGGGGUGUGGAGAUAGGGGAGGGCAUGCGCGCACACGCGUAAUAUUCGUUAAUCCUCUGUGCGACCGGCCUCGCGAUGUACUGCGCGCCUCGCUGUUUACGACGGCGCUUACGUUUCAAUAAUUUCACGCGACGCAAAAGGUCGUGUGGUGCACAGGUGGAAAUCGAGCAAUAGCCGUUAUUAUAGGUAUUAUCGGUACACCUAAUGCAUAUUAUUACAAUCAAACGGCUACGUUUAUAAUAAUGUAUAGGGAACUAUAUCGAAGACGGCGGUCGCUACGGCAAUGCCGAAAAUACCAAUAUACCCCGAUGGCGUGUUCACGCCACUCAUUCGGCGGUUACUGGAUCUCUCUCCACCCCCCCCCCCCCCUCCAAUAGAACAAUACAAAAAAUCAAUAUAUCAAAUCAGAUUAAUGUGCUCGCGGCACGGUUAAGUAAAGAAGUUAAUCACCAGCUACGGCUUAAAGGAAUAGAUUUAUUUUAUUUGAUUAUAUAUGUCAUAUUAUGUGUGUGUAUAAAUUUAAAAAAAUACAUAAAUAAAUUUAAAAAAAAAACAUGUUUGAGUAUAGAAAUGACAUCAUGUAUCAACGUAUACCCGUGGCGUACUAUUAGGUUUCCGAGCGAAGAAUAUCGCGCGGAAAAAAUUGAUUGUUGGUGGAUUAUAAUUAACCGUAGUUGUACGAUUAGACAAUUGAAAUUCGCAUACAAAAUUAACAUUGAACGCCAUCCGAAAAUUGCCCAAGUACGUAACAGUUAUGAAAUAUGGACCUCGCAAAAAAAGUCUAAAAUACGUCACUGAUUAUACAUAUUAUUAAUAUAUCGUAACGACUAUCAAAUCGUCUACGACAAUAUUCAUAUAGUACAAAAUAAUUUUCUACGAUCUUAUAAGAUACAAUAAUAAUAAUCUUUAUUUGCUAGUAGUAGAAAUAUUACAAUGUAACAUAUAUUCUUAAGUUAUUCUUGAGUUACAUACAUUCUUAUGUAUUAUAAGUCCAAUCUCCACAUUCAAGUGAUAAUGAUAUUUUAUGUCGGGUUAGAAUAGAUUCUUUAAAACAUUGAAGAAAAAUGAAUAUUCUUAUAUUUUCAUAUAAUCUUACUAAAAAUAGUUAAAGACUGUCGAGAUCUUCUUAACAAAAUUAAAUUUAAAGUGUACUCAUUUAACACUAGGUUGAAAAAUACAUUCUAUUCAGAAAACACCAAUAAAAUUAUAGUCAAUUAUUCUCCCGUUAAUAUUUUAAUGACAUUGGGAAAUAAUUGAAAUAUUGAUAUUUUUUUAAAAAGAUCUGGAGCAAUUUACAUCAAGCUUAAAAAUAACUAAAUUCUAAAAUCUGUUUCUUAUUACCUAUAUUAUAUCAUUGUUAUUAUUGUUACCAUUAAGAUUAAUUAUUAUACCUUAUUAUGUUGUAAUUCUGUGUUUGUCAAAUUACAAGCCUGUGAAACCAAAUAUUACUAUACCUAUAAAUCCAGAUAUAAAUCUGUUAUUUAUUAUUUAUACUAUGUAAAAUGGAUUUUUUUUUUUAUCUCCGUAAAUAAAUAUAUUAUUAUUAUUAUUAUAUUACAUAUUAUACGCGCAAACGAUAAUUACUACAAUAGACGAUUCCCCUCAUUUUCUAACAAUCAAAUGUAUUUUUCGAAAAUUACUCAACUUGCCCCUCAUUCCAGUUGCCUAUGGAAAUGACCCAAGGAAAUUUAAUUCGAAACGAGUAUUUAGAUACUCGUUACUGCGUGCUAUAUUGAUUUUAGUAUGGCAAUACGAGAUGUUCGAUACUUUGCAGGACUGUAUACAAAGUAUAAGAAUCAAUUAUAUAUAAAAAAAAAAAAAAAAAACAUCACAGUAUAGUAACUUAAUAAUAAAUAGAAAACGAGGGUGAGAACCAGAAUCCAGAACGGAUUUUUUUUUUUUUUUGGCGGGGGAAGUACGAUUUACGUGUGCACAAUGAAUAUGUAUAUAUGUUCGGUACAAUAAUACAAUUAUGAGCUUGAACAUACUAUUUUAAAAACAAUGCGCGAGUAUGAUUUACGCGGCGGAAUACGCUGACGGAAAAUGCGGUGUAUAUUUUAGCUGCUCCAGUCCUAAUAUGAAAAUCGUGUACACCGAUGGCCUAGAGUAAGUAUUUAUAGAAUCGAAAUAAAAACAAUGAUGCGAGCCACAGCGGACACGGUCGUUAUUUUUCACCCGCGGUCCCCGGGCAGGUAGUCACUAACCUGUAUGAACACCGGCGAUUGAUGGGCGACGAAUCCGCGGACCGCUGUUGUUCGUCUCGACGAAAGAGUAUUGCCGCGACGGGGAUUUGUAGUUUUUAAUAUCAACACGGUAAAAAUAAAUACAUAUUAAAAAUUAAAAAAAAAAAAAACGAAAUAACGAACCGCGAAACGAUGGGAAAAAACCACCGCGAAAUAUUAUGAUAACGUACAGAUGCGCGCGCGCGCACACACGCGACGGACGAUCAUUCGUGAAAACGCGACCGGUUCGGCGUACGUGCCGAAAUGAAUACGCGUUAUGGCCGCGGGGAGAUUUUUUUCCGGACGUGGUCACCGAGUCAUGGAAAAAUAAACGAAACGAAACGCGAAUGGGCAUUCAAACCCGAAGCCCACGACCACGGAACGGACGAGUUGGGCACUCCGGUCGAGGGCCAUUUACCGAACCUCUUUGAGCUGAUCGACGGCCGUGGGAAAUCGCCGGCACGCGCCCGCGUAGACUUAUAACGCGUGUGAGAUAAUAAACGGAGUGUUUUGAUUGGCUGUCCUUGAAAUGCAAACCACACUAUAGUUCAACCGAACUUUCUUGAUCCGUUCGGACCGACCACCACGCCUCCACGGUCCUAGGGGCGAAUGUUCCAUUCGGCGGAAACACACUAGAUGCACAAGUCUACGCCACACGCCCGGCCGCGUCGUCCGAGUUCCGAGAACCUGGUCGCGAACGUUGUUUACUACCUAAUUUUCUUUACGGCGAACACGCAAUUAUAAAAUCACGAGAAAUGCCUGACAUGUAUUAUUAUCAUCACGGUAUCUGCGUAACUGGGAAUGCUAUCUUUCGAUGUUAUCGCGUGCCUGCCGCGGGGGUUACCGUUCGGAAAAUAACGUGUUCUUUUUUUUUUUUUCUUUUUUUUUUUUUUCACUUUUUACUUGUUUAUUUAUUUUAUCCCGCACUCAACUCGAUUCUUUGGCCAACUCUACUUUAACGUUAUGAUAAUGUAAAUCGCGUUGUUAUUAUUAUCGUCCACUGGUUGAUAAAUAAUACCUUGGGUUUAUACCUCUUAUCCCUAUGUACGGGUACCGCCGGUGUAUAUACCUAGUCAAAAACCAAAUUAAUAUCAUAUUGUUAUUGUACCUUCAUGCGGUUUUAGCUUUUGGAUACUAUGUAAAUCGGGCUAUUGCUAUAAAUAUUACACGGUCUACUGCAAUAAGCAACCUUUAUAAUGUAUUAUAUAUUAUAAUAUGUUAUUUAUUCAAAAGCCGUAACGUACUUGUUAAGGCACCGUUAAACUCGUACUGCCCACGUGCAUUUUCGCUCUAUACAGAUGAACGCUAAAAUGUAUAUUACUCGUAAAAAAAAAAAAAAAUCAAAAAUUAUAAUUAAAUCGUAAGUCAUUAACUUAACCGCAUUACUUAUUCAUUCAUUUAUGCAUGAUUUCGUAUACGGGGUACCUAACACUAAGUAUUUCAGUCGGAUGGUUUUGGAAUUAAAUAAUUCUACUGAAACAUACAUUUUACGAUAGGUACAUUUCUAAUGUUCGUCUCUUUCGGUACGAACACAUACAACUUUAUUUUAGAUUCUGAGUGUAGCGAAGAAUGUAUUGGUUUUACAAAGAUCUUUAUUUUUGUUUUUAUGUGAACACUUUUUCUACCAGAAAGCUUACUCCGAUGUAUACGAUGUAGACCGUUUUUUGCAAUUAAAUUUUCUUGGGGCAAUAUUUUAGAGAGAUCAUUUUUCGAAUUUCUCAGAUUUUCUUAAAAAUGGAAAAAACCGAAGAAAACAGAGGAAAAACGGGAAAAUGUAUGAAAUAAAGGUAUUAGUUGAAAAAUAUUUCAGCCUUUUUUUUUCCUGUGAACAACUUUUCUACCAGCAAUUUUGCUCUGAUUUACAAUAAUGGCACUUUUUCUAAAAGUAAAUCUGACUGACUUUAAACAAGUAAAUUUUCGAUUCUCCCAAGAGUUUUCCCAACAAACGUGAAAACCGUGAAAAGACAUUUAAAAACCGGAAAAAACGUAGAAAAAACGGAAAAAUCGGUACUAUAUUAAUCAAAUAUUAUUAAAGAAAAUAUAUAAUGCUAAAUUAAUUAUUUUACCAUAAUAUAACAUACAUAUUAUUGACAAAGUAUCAUUAUCAACUAAACUUCGCUCAGAAUCGUUUUUUCGUUAGCAAUGGUUUAUUGUUGUUUACAGAUGAAUAUUAAAUUCUCUUCUUUAUCCUACUUUCCCAAUUUCCCACCAACAACAAUGACUACACCCACUUGCAAAGUAGUUUCGUUUUUUUAAAUUUUUUUUUUGAAUGGCCACAACUUAUUGUUUUCUGUUUUCGAACAUAUCUAUCUGGGGCUAACAGUUUUAAUGGAAAUAAAAUAUUUGUUGAUUAAAAAAUGUAAUCCAAUUCACAGAUUUAAAAGUUUGAAAAAAAAAAUGAUAUUCAAGAGACGUUUCAUGUAGUCUUAAUAUGCUGUUACUGUCACCGCUUUAAGUUUCGGUCGUCGGUUCAAAAGUCACAUAUUCUUCGUAUUUUUUUUUUUUUUUAUUCUUCUUACAAUUAUUUUGGAGAUUGACAGGUCUGUCGAAAUACGUAAACAAUCAUUUUCAAAUUAACUGCAUGUGAUAAUAGUUAAUUUUAUAUUCUUUAAUCUUUCAAAAAAAUGUAGCUCGGUUAAAAUGGCGACCGUGCACAAACAGUAAAACAAAAAAAAAAAUCAUCGAAACAUUUUAUGAAAAUUGUAUUAUUGUACCUAAAUAAGUUGAAAUUCAACGUAAAACGAAUACUUUUCAAAUUAAAUUUAAAAAAUGAUUUUAUAUAAUAUGUAAUGGACUACCGAAAUCAGACCCGACGAGAGAGGGACAGCCAAGGCUAUAACCUUAGGGUUGGGUCUGUGCCCUCUUUGAGGCCCAAGCCCAACAAAAACAACCAGAACCUAUAUUCCACUUAAUUUUUACAUUAAUAUAAAAAUUAUUCGUAGUUAAAUUUCAUAUUUUUCUUAAAAAAAUCAAUAUUCAUUAUAUUAACAAUUAAAUGUUAACAAUACAGUAAUUAUUUUGUACCAUAUUAUAUUAUAUGUUGGUAAAAAUAUGAUUUGUGUUUUUGAAUACCUCACACCUGAACCUUAAACCUUCUUUUGUUAUACACAUUUUAAAGGACGACGUUAGAUGUUAGUGGUAAGUUUAAUGUUUGACAUUAGGAGGAAUUAGUUUGUCCCUGGGGCUCUUGAUUUCUCUCCACAGCACUAACCAAACGAUAAGCAUGUAACAUAAAAUAUCAUUGGUACUCAUUGUAAAUUUGUAUACAAUUUAUACAAAUAUGCAUGUUACGAGUAUAUAUUGUAUGAAAUUAAAUUACAUUCAAUUUUAAUAUAAUAGAAGUUGAACGGCGUAAUGAAUAGGCAAAUGUGGUACUUUCGCGUAAACGUAACCAAAAUAACCAAAAUUUCACUCCUGUGUCCUCUCGGUGCCAGACAGACACUAUUUAUUUCAUUUUUUUUUUUUGUUUUGUAUAAUGGAAAUUAAGAAAUAUUUUAUUAUAUAAAUAACUUAUCAUAACAACAACCAAGUUAAAUAGUUCAUUAAUACCUAUAAAAAAAAUGUAUUCUUUAUUUGUCGACUAUGUAUUGGUGUUUGUUAAAUUAGUAUAGAAUAUAAAGAUAGAUAGUUUAAUACAAUUAAUGAACUUACAGUUUGUUCACAGGACUAAUGAUGAUGGGAUCUUCAGUAGCAUGUGGCUUCUUAGUCGUUAUACUUAUGUUCACCAUCUCAGCAACGUUAUCGGCACCUUAUCCAUUGCUUCAAGAGUAAUAAUAUUUUUCAUUAUCUUAAUACUACUAAUAAAACAAUGAAAAAACAAAUUGUUUCUAGAAUAUUAGUUUAGGUAUACAAAUUUUACAGAGUCAUUUUUGUUUAUAAUUAUUAUUGUGUAAAAAGGUUAUAAAUAAAUUUGGUAAAGUUCCGCAGUUCACUAGUCCAGAAUAAAACUAAUGUAUGUCAACAAUUUAAAAAAAAAAAAACAUUCCAUCAUUGAAUCUAAAAAACAAAAUAUGAAUUCCAAUUUUCAAGCAUAAAUUCCAUAAUAUUUAUUUUGUAAUUUAUAUAUAUAAAUAAAGUUAUUAUUAAAAAUAGUGAACAUUCUUAUAGAUUUUAGGAAAAAUAUUUUUAAAAAACUCUAAUCAAAUUUACUUAAACCGUCACGUUAGUACAAUAAUACAAAAAAAUGACCCUUUAUUAAUAAAUUAGUGAACAAUAUUGAAAAUUUAAAAUAUGCAAAAAAAAAUCAAAAUGAGAUAUUAAUUGCAUUGAUUAAUAAACACUCAAAAGGGUAAGCAGAAAUUAUUCAGUUACAGUCGUAUUAUAUAAAAACUGUUUCAUAAAUAAUCUCUAUAAAUCUAACAGUAACCGAAAAUAAUUAUAAAUAUAAAUUAUAACUAUUAUUAUUUAAUAUUUUCCAUUAAAAAUUGAAUUUAGUUAACUAUAUAAUAAAUUAUGUAAGUAUACUAAUGUAUUGUUAAAUUGAAAAUGCAUCACCAAUUAAAUUUAAAAACAGUUUACUUUAUUAUAAAUAUAAAUUAUAAUAUAGAUUUUAUUUUUUUCAUUAAGAAUUAUCAAAAAUUGACUAUCUUUCUAUAAUUUCUAUUGGUAAAACUAUUGAUAAUUGUGAGCCUAACAAAAUGUCAUUAAAAUGAAAAUGUAAAAUACCUAAGCAUAGUCCAAUAAAUAAUAAAAUACUGAAUAAGUGAGAUAAAUAUUUAUUAUUCUGUGAAAUCUUAAAACAUAUAUUGCAUCGAUUUACAAAUCCCAUUCAAACACAUAUAUUUUGUUUUGUUAAUCUUUUUGUCCUGCAAAAACUGUAGUAAUUACCUAUAUACAAAAUAUAGAUAAAAUUCACUAGAAAAAUAGACUAAACAAAUUUUAAGUAUUAAUUAACUAACCAAAUUCACAAAACAGUGUACAUCACUAUUUUGUUAUUAAUUAUAAUUUUUAUAUUGUACACAUUGUUAUUAUAAAAUAUGUAAAAUUGUUCAGUGUUUAGGUUAAAAAAUUAUUUAAACCGUUAAGAAAUGUACAAAUAUUGGGUCCCAUUUAAAAAGUGGCAAUAUCAAUAUUUCGGCAAUUUGUAUAUUAUGUAUAUGACAAAUAUGUAAAGGUAGGUAUGCAAAACAUAAUAAAUAAUGGAAGUUUAUCUUAUUCGAGUCUUAUACAAACAUACCUACUAAAUAUCAAGAUAUCUGAAUAAACUUCAAAUAAAAUUAAGUGAGUCAACACAGGUACCUAGGUAUGAUAAAUUAAACAAUUAAUUUUACAUUUUUGCCACAUUCGGACAAAAUAAGUAGGCAAAUAGAAUUUAAAAUAAUAAUAAUCAUUUUUUAUUUUUAUUUUGAUAACAAUAUUCAAUAGGCACCUACAUACCUAUUAUUAAACAAACUAUUUCUAAGACUAUACAAAUCUCAAAUAUUACAAAGUGUGGUAGUAAGGUUAAAAAAUGUGUCAUUGUAAAUGUUGUUAAUGUAUUACCACUCAGUUAUUACUUGAAAAAAUUGAAAUCACCUAUUAUUGUAUUAAUUAAUUCUAUAUAUGAUAACUGAUAAUUAAAUAUAUUUAUUUCAGCCAAAAUAAUGCAUACUUAUCAUCAGAAAAUGAAGGAGAUCCUGAAGCGAUGUUGGAAUUAUUAGCUCGAAUAGGCCAAAAUAUCAUGAGAGCUAAUGAAUUGGAAAAGUAAGCAGGAAAUCUAAUACUUAAAAUAUUAGAUUUUUUUUUUUUUUUGAAACUUGGUGAAAACAAUUAGUUACAAAAUAUAUUAGAUUAUUGAUACAUAAUAUUUUUCUUUUAAAUACAUUAUGUAUAAUGCUGGGAAAAAAUUUUGGUUAUAAUAAUUAAUAUUUAUUACCAAUAAUACUAUUUAAUCGGUAAUCGUUAAGUUAAUAUCUAGAUAAACUUAAAUUGUUAUUUUCAAAACAUCUAUUUCAAUUUAUUUACCUACUUAUAGUAGGUAUGUUAUCACCAUAUUUAUAGUAAGAAGAACACUUUAUAAAAAAAAAAAAAUAAAUGUAUAAACUUUAAACAUAAGAUACUUUUGAUAAUGUAUUACCAACAGAGUCGUAUUUAGUAUAUAUUGAUUCCUAGCCUAGUCUAUGGUGAGGACACUACUACGGGUUUUCUAACUUUUUUGUUAGUACGGACCCUCCUAUAAUGCACUGGGGGUCCAUUCGAUACAGCCUGUGAAGAUUGCGGUUAAAUAAGGUCCAGAUUCUCGUAUUUUAUGAAUUAUAUAUUAAAAAUAUUCCUUUUGUAAAAUACUAAAAUUAUAUUAAAAUUUUAAUUUAACUUAUUCUUUGAGGAACUUAUAAAGUUAUAAUCAUAUAUUAUACUGUGUUACAGGUAUUUUAUUAUUUAUUUAUUUACGAGUAUUAACCAUUUUAAUAAUUUUGUUUUUAAUUUAUUGUUUUAUUAUUUAUUUAGUUUUAUUCAUUUAUUUUUUGAUUAUUAACUGAUGAUUGAUUUGGUGACCCGACAUGUAUAGAGGCCAAUUAUUUACCCAUGUUUUUUUUUUCUUUUUUUUUUGAAAUUAAUUCCAAUGAAAAUGUUAAAUAGUAAUAUAGUAUCUGCUCUAAGACAUAAAGUAUAACAUGUAGGUAUGCAAUUUAUGGUUAUAGUAAUACAAACAGUAAAUAAUUGACAACAUGCCGGAAGUUACUUCAAGGAAUUUUCAAUACAUGAACGAGUCAGUAGAUUGAAAUAGUUUAUAAUACCUACUUAUUAACAUAUGAAAUAAUAUUUCACAUGAUUAUUAACAUAUUGUUUAUUUAUGUAUCUAAGUACUGAAAAUUGAAUGAAAAAAACAAGUAGUUAGGUACAUUUAUUGAAUACCUAGGUAAGUGUAUAUUUAAUUGUUCUAGAUAAAUUUAUAAUUAAUGCAAAACAAAAAUGGGCAUUCAUGUGACAGAUGGUAUAUAAUACCAGUAAAAAGCUAACUCUACAAUUUGCCCAAGUUUAGACAAUUUAGAGUUAAUUUUAUUUAUAAAACUUAAGCAGACAGGAAAAAUUGUAUUCUUUUGAAUGCAUAUUAGUCUUUGGUAGGUAACUAUCAUGUUGUUCACAGAAGCCAGCCAGUUUUUUCUAAUAAUAAUUUUUGUGUCACCCACAUUUUUACAAUAAGGUGUUACACUCAGUCAUUUGAGAAUAAAUUAUAAAAUUGUAAAUAAUUUACUGUAGAUUUUUCAUCAAUAAUUAUUUUAUCAAAUUCGGACACGUGCAUUUUAAUGUUAAAUUGUGUAAUAAUUUGUUGAUAACCUAUUACUAAUUAAAUAUCUACUACACCUGAAAAAUGCACUAGAUCACCUGCUACACUAAUACUAAAAAAUGUAUGUUUCAAUAUUAACUAUAAACUAUAAAACUAGGUAGGUAAUAGGUAAAUUAAUUAUAUAAUCUAGGAAGUAGAUAUUCAUAUACCUAACCGGGUAUCAUAACACUAAAUGUCUAAAGGAAUAGAAUUUAUAAAAAGCUGAAAAUAGAAAUUAUCACAUUUUGAAACUUGUCUAAAAGGGUUAGGACAAUAUUUUCUAUGGUAAUAACACCCUGUAGUGUUUAUUCAGCAAUAAACUAUUCAAGUUUUUCUAGAAUAAAUAGUAUCAACUUAUUUUUCAAAUAAUAUAAUCAAAUAUAAAAAAUAAAAAAUACAAAUGAAUUCAAAUAGUGUUAUCAGUCAUAACUCACAACAAUUUUAUUGAAAACGAGUAAACAAAAUACCGUAAACAUGACAAGUUCUUAAUUGAAAUGCAACAACUAGAAUUAGAAGCUAAAACACAAAAACUAAUAGGUACCUACCAACAACAAUAAGAUUAAUAGAAAAAUAACUAACCAACCAACUAUUAAAUAAAUAUAGUUUGAUAUGUAUUGAUUGAAUAAUGUAAGAGUAGGAAAUAAAUAAAAUUCAUCAAUGCAACAGAUACGAAAGCAUAGCAGCCACUUUAAAUUCACUAUUGUUGUAUUUUUUAUUUGUAUUCAUUGUUAAAUAAUUAUUAUAUUUUAAUAUAUGUACCUAUACAUUUCCUAAAUAUAAGAUUAUAACUCUAUAUAACAUUAAUGGGUUUCAUAAGUACAUAAAAAAUAAGUGAACUUUGUUGAUUUAUGAAAAUGAAUUGGUGAGCUUUGAUUGAAAGGGAAUAGUAAGACUUGAUGUAUUCGAUAUGUAACAAAAUUAUGUUAGGCAUAAUUUAUUUACAAAUACCACCUCUAUUUACCUCUAGGUCUUUUACUAACUCAAGUCAAACUACGUAUAAUCUAUAAUAUUAUAAUAGUUCACUUAUUGUAUUAGAAAAUGUUAGUUUAACAGAGGUGGAAUUUUAGAUUGGUACUUUCAAUUCAGGCUUACCUCAUAGAAUUGUAGUUCAGAUGAACUUGAACUAGAUCCAAUUGACCGCAUAUUUCAUCUAACUAGUUACAAAACAUCAGUCUAAGUUUAUAGAACACAAUUUCUAGGGAAAACUAUUAAAUAAAAAUCUAAUAUGAUAUGUUAUUUUUCAAUCCCAUAAAAUGUUUUAAACUUUGAUUUUUAAUAUGCUGAAACCAUAAAGUUAAAUUUGUAAUAAGAUGUAUAUAAUUUAAAUUAUCAAUACCAACUAACUUUAAGUUCAGGUAGCCUAACCAAUUAACAAAUGUAAUAAAAAACAAAACAUAAAAUGUAAUUAACAAUAUAAAUCAAUAAUGAAUACUUAUGAUAAUUAUUUAUCAAUUAUUUUUUAAAUUUGCAAUACUAAGUAUUUAUCAGUAUUUAUUGAUCAAUGUCAAAAUUAAUUGAAUUGAACUUGAACUUUUCAAAAACAUAAAAAUAAUUAUUUUAUAUAAAUUUAAAUUUUACUUACAAAUCAAUAACAGAAACAAUUUAUUAUAUAAUAUAAAUAGACAUAAUAUAAAUUGUACAACAUAAUACUAAUAAGUAGAUAUCUACUUAUUACCUACCUAAUUGUAUUCAAGGAAAAAUAUGAUUAUUCUCCUAUAUGGCUUGUAUUGCUUCAUUUGGUCAAUAAUAUACUAACCUUCAUCAACCAGAAUUAUAUUACUCCAUAAUAACUGGGUAUAGAAUCAAUUAAUCUUUAUGACAGUUAAGUAUAUGAAAUUGAUAAAUCUAAUAAUAUUUUAUGACAAAAUAAUUAUAAGUACUAAUUUUUAUAUAAGUAAUUAUAUAAUCUACUGGACAUCUAUUGUAGGUCUGUGUUGUUUAAUAUUAAUAUUAAAAUUACACUUGGAUCCAGAUAUUCAGAAAUUUAAAUUGUACCUAUUGCAUGAAUAUUAAUAAUAUAGUUUAUUUAUAGUAAAUAGUUAAUUAUUAUAGAUAAUAAUCAUCAAAUACUAACAGAUAUAAGAAUAUGUAUUACUCUGAUUAAAAAAUAUUAAAAACUAAAUAUAUAUAUAAAAAAAAAAAAAAAAUAAGGUAUGAAAUGAAAGUAUGUUUAUUCUGUUUGGAAAUUAUCUAAGUACCCAUAUGAUUAUUAUUUUAUAUAACAACAAAUAUUAUGUUAUAUUAAAGGUUAAAUUACAACGUGUGGUUAUCCAACAUUUAAAAUCAUUAAUUCACUAUUCAAAGUCUCUUAGAGGAUAACCCAUAGUUUACUUUAAUACAAAUUACCUAUAAGUAAAUUUAAUUUUUUAUUUAAGUGAAAUUAGACUUUGGAUCUUUUAAUACUUACAAAAAAACCAUUUGAGUACUUGUUUUUAAAAAACUACUAAAAAUAACACGAGAUGAAAUACCUGAAUUAUUUGUACUAUUUAAAUUAAUUAUUUUGACUUUUAAAUUAAAAAUAAUAUGAUAAGUCUAAUUUUGAUUCCAUUUAAAUUGUAUUGUUUAAUAAUAUUUUCUUUUAACCGUGUUUUAGUUCUAAACGUGGUCUGGAUUUGGGAUUAAGCAGAGGUUAUUCAGGCACACAAGCAGCAAAACAUUUAAUGGGCAUGGCAGCAGCCAAUUUUGCAGGCGGUCCAGGUCGCCGACGCCGCAGUGAUAUGCUUCCUAAGCUUCUUAUACAUUGAACUUUUAGUUUGUUAAAAUUAUAUCUACAAAACUAUUACAUUAAAAUAUAUACUUAAUAUUAUAUAAAUAUAUGAAUUAUAAUAUAUUAUAUAAUAUAAAUAUAUAUAUACAAAAUUAUAUAUAAAAUACAUAUAUAUAUAGACAUAUUAUUACAAGUCAAUAAUUAUUAUAAGCAUUAUCCAUCCAUUGUUUUGUCAAUGUCACCCUAGUUUCAGUAGUAUGUCAACAAAUUAUAAAAAUGUCAUAGAUUAGCAUACUUGCUUACUGUACGUGUUUCUUAACUUAGGCAAUUUGCAUUGCAUUGUAAACGCAGUAACUUUAAAAUAACAUAUUUAUCUCGUAUUUUAUUUUAUGACGAAAUACAGCAUUCCUGUUUUAACCAGUUCUGAAUUUCAAAUUUGUUCUCCUUU